UGUCUCUCUGUCCCUGUCUCUGUCCCUGUCUCUGUCUCUGUCUCUGUCUCUCUCUCCUACCGCCUCCUCCCCUCCGAGUGGUGACGUCAGCGGAGGCUCCCCCGGCGACUUCCUGGUCAGACAUACACGCCAGCGACUGCUGUGGACAGAGACUGCCCGGACAAGCGAGACGGCCUUCCACCCUGACAGAGAGACAGCCGCCAGCACAGUGAGAGAGACGGCCGGGAUUAAUGAGCUUUUAGAGCCAGCUCGGGACAGUUAUGGGAGCAGCUGCCUGUGCUUAGUGACACACACACACAGUGCAUAGAGAGUGCCAGGCUGGAGGGCAGGACAUGGGACACCAAGAGAGACAGCAGAGAGCAGCAUGAGACAGCCUGGCAAUGAGAGGCUAGGGGACAGAUAGGGCCCGGGGGGCAGUGUGACACACAGCAGUAAAGAUACACUGACAGACAGCAAGGACAGAGACACUGACAGAUAGCAAGAACAGAGACACUGACAGACAGCAAGGACAGAGACACAGACAGAUAGCAAGGACAGACACACUGACAGAUAGCAAGGACAGAGACACAGAGAGAGGAUGUGCCCAGUGUGACAGAGGGACAUGUGCACAAGGCACAGCACUGACACACUGUCACAUACUAUCUACACUGGGGACACACAGGGACAGACAUGUGACAGAGCCACCCAGCACUAACUGGGACCGAGAUGAGCUGAGUAUGGACACCAGGACCAGGUGAGGACAGUGCUGUGUGGAUGGAUAAGAUAAUAGGAAGAUAAGCAAAUUAUAUGGGAAGUAGGGACUAGAUUUAUUUAAAUUGAGGAGCAAUAAUAUGCCAAGUGGUGAUAUUAUGACAUGAUGGAAUUUGUAUAAGCCCUCUAACCCCUGGUCCUUAAAGAGGUUAAUUAUAUAUGAGGAAGUGACAUCCAAUCCAUUACUGUAAAAUAUACAUAUAUAGGUAUGUGUCGAACAUCUGUGUAUGUAUAUGUCUGUAUACAUGCAGGUAUAUAUGCAUUCAUACUUACAGAGUACAAUGAAACCACAUUACAUGUAUAUAAUUUGCUUAAUUUAAUUAUUUUAUUUUUGACAAAGAUAUAAAAAAAAAAAAAUGUCAAAUGAAUGGGUGUUUUUAUUUUCCUUUAUUCACUUAUGAAUAUGUAGAAAUAAAAAGUCUAUCUAUCUGUUAUGUUUAAAACAAUUUCAUUUUAGUUGAACACACCUCACCUAAUAGAACCUAAUUAGUGAUCUCUAUUACUUAUUUUAAACCUUCUAGGGGGAAUGCAAACUUUUGGCCCUGCAGCUGUUGUGGACUACAUUUCCCAUGGUGCUCAUUCAGUAAAACGAAAACAAAGUCUACAACAGCUGUAGUACCAAAGGCAAACCAUCACUGUGAUAGAUGGUAAUAGGAAUUGUCUGCAAAGUGAUUCAAGAAAUGCAUUUGAUUAUAUGUACCCUUGAACACAUGAAUCCAAUAAGGUAUAUUAUCAUUUCAUCCAUGUUAAUCUCUUAAUGACAGAUGACUUGCCAGAACUAUCACAAUGCAGUAGGAUUUGCUUAACCUCUUGUCAGAAUGACUUCACUUGUGACUUAGAAUGACAAAUGUCUAGUAUGCUGCACUCUCAAUCACGCCACUAGUUAGUUUUUUCCCCUCUGUCAUUGGCCUUUCACGUCAUGGAGGAUCAAAGGGUCAUUGUGCCUGCCAAACACUUUUAUUUCUAUUAAGUCACGUCAUUUCUGUUUCAUUAUGUCACUGUCAUUAGGUCACAUGGCAAUAUGUCUUGGUCACCCAGCUUAUCAGUACUUGUCUUGGAUCAUCUACAACGAGUAUGACUUUUUUAUCCAUCUGAUUUUGUAAGAGAUUAUGAUUUGCUGUCGUCCAUCUGCCUUGUCUAAAUAUAACUAAGGUCCAGAGAGAAGUUGUUAUAAAUAGACUGAAAGGUCAGCAGAAUCAUGCAACAUUUAUUUUAUCACUUUCAAGUCUUCAGUUACAAAGCUGCAUGUGUCUUUAAUUAUAUAAGCAUAUUUCCCUCACAUUUUCUGUAUAUUCUUCUUGAUCGGUGGCGGUCAGCUUCCACACCCUUAUCACGGACAUCAUAUGGAGAAAUCUGUCUGCACCAAUUCAGCCAUCAAAAUUCUUGGACAGUGUGAGGGUGUCAUUUUUUUUCACUUACAAGCGGUGGUCCGUGAAUGCUCACAUACGUAGCACCAUUCCCUUCUCAGCUUACAGUGUGUAUUGGACCGGGCAAGGAACAGAAAGUACUGUGUGCUUGUCACAGAACAGCUCCUCCAAUAAGAGACUGCCUUAUUCAACAGUAAAAUUAUUUUUUCACUAAAUAGUGAAUUGUGGUGAAUAAAAAAACUGAAUUGCAAAAUCAAUAUUAAAACAGCUAAGCUGUGAGCUGGUGAAUUUUUCUGAAUUAUUUGGCCAAAUUUUUUAAAUUUUAUUUUCAGUCGAUAAUGAUUAAAUCUUUAUUUGAAUACUAAAGUCCCUAUUAUUUACUCAUAUUACAUUCUGAUGAAAAUGUGACUAUUUUCCCCCCACUUCUUCACCCUACAAAACAAAAACACAAUUUAAAAUUUCUGUAACUCAGUAGUUUCUUAAAUUUUUACUUAUUUUAUUUUACUACUGAUAGCUACACGUCACUAAAGCUUACUAAAACCAUGAACUGACAUAUGAGUUAUGAAAAUCAGGUCAAAUUAGCUAAGAUUGGAAUAAUGCCUGGUUUGAUUUUUUUUCAUCUUGGCCUUUUUAGUCCUAGAGAUUUUUGAAAGGUUGGUAACACACACCUCAGUUUAGUGAAUAAACCCCUUUAAGUCCCAAAAAGAUGUUCAAUGCACUGCGUAUCACUGCAGCACUGUCUGUUUACCCUGUAAUUAUGAAACUCAUGUCCAACUCCUGGUAUUAUCCAAAUUAGGCAGCUGUGAUGUAAAUCUGCUUUUAAUGACGUUCCACUUGAGCAUGACACAAACAACUUUUGAAAAUGUAAACUUUUUGAAAAUGUAAACUUUUUUUGACAAAUCAUUAUAAAAUACAUACAUUUUCUGACUUUUAUUGCAUCCCGGUGAUAAAUGACCUACAUAUACCAUCUGGAUGCUUUGUGGAAUACUUGAAGUUGAAAAUGACAGGUUUAUUUAUAUGGAAAAGGAAAAUGGUUUCUUGUUGGGGCGUCACUAAAGGAUAAAAUAGUGCCGAAGGCGAAAUCUCUGUUUCAGUAAAAGGUCACAUUGCACUAUGGCUAGAAACAAGUUCACAGUCACCUGUUUGAUAGGCUUGAAGUGUGCUACUAAUGACUUUUCAUCACACCGUGGUCCAGAGUCUACUAAUGGCAUCCAUCAAUCUCCUGUAAGAACAUAGCGUGCCAAGGUACUGACCUACUGAAGUGACAGUAGCAUUUUUUAUACAAGUGUGUAUAAUUAAGAGACAAGCAAGAAUGUCCUUUGUGUACGUUACUGUGCAUUAAACUAGAUGUCCCUCUAAAUGGCCACCUACACACUCCGUGGAAUAAUAUAUGGGCCUUCUCAUACCUUUCUAUAAGAGAGUUUCAAAAGCAACGGUUACUUGAAUACAAGUUUUAUGGUUUAAAUUAAUUAAGCUAAUUACUAAUCAUAUAGAAAACACUAAUCAACAGCUUGAUGAGCAGCUUCAACAUCUACCUACCCCACAAACUCAAUGGUAGGGCAAGGAAUAGCUGAGAAAACGUAGCCACUUCCUAGUCUCUGCAAAAGUUUCAGGAUUGUAGGAAACUGUGGACUUUCAGACGUGAGAUUUUAAUUUACUUUUUAAUGCAUUAUGGGGGCAGAAAAUGUAAUAUCAACUGACACCUAGAUUGUCUUUUUAAUCAUACGCUAAUCAAGUAUUAAUUACCAAUGUUCCUUUGUAACUUAUUAGUGUUUUUUGUAAUCUAUAUAUAAUAUAGAUGAUACUCAUUUCCACAUCCCACGCGCAGUGAGUUGAUGUAUUUAACUGUGGACAGCAGAAGAAAUUGUUUACAGAAGUUAACUGAGAAAGAACAGUAAUUACAUGUGAACAUUCUAAUUAAGAAGAGAAAAUUGGAAUAGCAAUUUUUUUAGAGGAGGAAAAUACUGGCAUAUGUACGACAGGUGGUCUGAAUCACACUGGGAUUGUUUUCUUUUUUCAAUACUCUUCUUUACAGUUUUAUUUAUUAUUUAUAGCUGACUGAAUAAAAUCUUUUUGCCUUUGGAUUUAGUAUGGUGGCAAUCUCACAGUUUAGAGGUGGGGUACGCAAGGUUGGGGGGAAUGGACUUUAGGCGAGAUGGAGACCUCUGUUUUAAAACUUAAUUUCAUAUUCCCAUGUUCAAAUAACUUUUAAUGUACUCCAACACAAUUUAUAUAUUUAAAGGGGAUCUGUAAGCACCAUAACCACAACAGCCUACGGUGAUGGUGCCAAGAGCCCCAGGCACCAUCCAAUAGUUAUAUUUUAAACCAUUUUGAAAUUGUUUGUCAUAAACAGAGGGUCCCUCAAGAUCCCACUUUCCUGCCCCUCAUUAUUGAUAUCACUAUUUCAAAAGUUCCCAUUCCACAUUAGUAAAUUUCAAUUCUGCAAAAUUUUCGAGGUACCGUAAUUGUUUGGCUGUGAGCAUCAGAUGACACUUUCAGCUAGUGAAUUCAGUCCAAACAAGGACAGAAAUGAUAUCCCUGAGAGGAAUUUCUUAGUAAUAAAGGGCUGGACCUCCGAUGAACUUAUGGUUCAUGUCAAACCGUUAUAAAUUUCACUAUAACUUUCACCAUAACCAGUGCAACAAGCUGUGGUUAUUUUGCUUAGAGUGCCCCUUUAACCUUUUUAGCAAAGGUGGUUGAAUGCCAUAUAAUGAAAUCCUGUUUUGGCCAUUAUCCAUGUAACUAUUAUGAAUUUGAAAGAAAUACAUUUUAUUUUGAGUUGUGCAUUAGAGUGAUCUAUCUUAUUUAUGUAGUUUUUGUAUAAUUUAUUAUAUCUUCCUUUGCAUUCUGUCUUGCUAGCAGUUUCGACGUUUUAUAAGAUGCUUUUGUUUUCAUUACAGGGAAAAGCCAGAGAGAACCUUCGAUUUGGUUCUCAAGGUGGAGUGUCCAGUUUCUGAAAAUGAAGGUACGUCUUAAAUUUCUUAAUUCCUCUUCUGAUGUACUGUUUACAACUUUGUAAAGAUCAGAUCCUGUAAACUCCCUAUAAUUGUAUGUCAAAUCCUUCCUGUGGUUCAAGAUUUGCAUCAAUUUUAAUAUAUUUUUGUUUCUAUCUUUAAUUAUUUUAACCAUUGAUAUAUGUUUCACAUCACUGCUGUUUGUUUAACACUCUUAGUAAGCUCUGGCUGCUGUUUGUUAAAUGAAGAGGAGUUGGUGUGGUUUUGUGGCUUUGACAAGAAUCAAGAGUUGAAACUCCUUUUGCCUUUUUCAGUAGAAUUUGAAGAAGAUACUUGUCUUUGCAUCUUGAAAAAAAAAAAAAAAGUGUUCUGUUUUGAGUUUUCAUGGGCCAUUUUUAUUAUUUUAUAGUACUUUGUGGCUUCUGAGUGUGACUUUUCUAUUUUAGCAUUGUCAAUAUUAGACAGCAUUGCACCCCACUUAUGUGUCCAUGCCCUCAUAUGAUGUAGUAUUCUCAUGUGAUUAGCACUCACUGUCUACAUAAUAUAUUUUUUUUUCUCCAGUGUAUUGUUUUUAUUGAGAGAUUUUAUCUGUACAAAACAGUACAUAAACCAGAAGUGAACAGAAAGAUAACAUAAGCCAAUAAAGCGUAUUUAGAAAUUACAGCUGGUAUGGGGGGCGGUUACCAUAUCAAUAGAAAAAAUGUUCAGAAUUAAUCUAGGUUUAAAAUCCUAUAUUUUUUUUAAUGGAUUUUUUCCUGUAAACUACAGCUUACCAUUGCUUUAUUGAAUAAGUCGUUUAUCCUCAAAGAACAGUUCCAAUCAUCACAUAGGAUGAUUGGGAUUGCUAAACAGACUGAUAGCAGACUUAGAGAGGAAGGGAAACUUGUGGUUUGUUAUACUACAUCAUCUCCAGUUUCCUGACCGAAACGGUGAAUCAUAAUGAUGAACGUUAUCUUAUUUAUUAUAAAUUAUGAUUCUUUUAGAUUAUGAUACAAGGACUGAUUAAGCCGCUUCUUCAUCUUGGCUAAGCUCACUGCAGAAGAUGCAAAUGCAAAAACAUCAAAUAUAUGUAUAUAUAUUUUUAAAUUUAUUUCAUACGUUUGCUUAUAUUUUCAGUGUGACAAGUUAAAGCUAUUGGUAGAAUAAAGAAGUUUGCAUUAUUUCCUUUCUCAACGUAUUGGGACCCCAUGACUUUGAUAUGCCUAUAUUGCUAUAUCAUUCCAUAGGUACAUUAGCUUUACAUUAAAAUUCUAGUCAGCUGUAAACGUUUUCUAAGUUAUGUUUAGGUGAAAAGGUCAUCUCCAGUUAGUAAUAAAAUGGGAAUCAUACAGCAUACAUCCCAAGAGUCCCUAUUUAGGAGGGACAGUCCCUAUUUCAGGGCCCUAAUCCCUCUGUCACUCUUUUCUGUCUUAAUGGCCCUCUUUUCUACGAGCUCCAUAUUGUUGGUUUGUCUGAUUGUAUACCAGAGCUAACAAUACUCCAAAUAAUGUGUCUUUAAACUACAAUAAACGUGUCAAGAUAUCAGUCUGUGUAAAUAAGAUACAUUGUUCUUGUUCUAAAUUAUAUUUUAGUUUCAUAAAUUGUUAUUAGUAAGUCACCUAACUUUUCUCACAACAGCCCCUUUCCUGGUCACACUCCUACUAACACACCUAAAAUGAAAGUGUUCCUCGUUGUCCAAUUUGAAAUGCUGGGAGUUAUGAUACGGUAUGCCAAUGAUAUAUGCAGCUAAUUUGUUGAUCUUUUUAAACGACAUUACUUUUCUACACUGCAUCUGGAAGUGUAUGUAUAUUUGCACAGCCCUCUUGCUGAUCAAUCCCAGAAUUCCUGGCCAAUCCUAAUGCAUUUUAUAAUCAUUGAAAUGGCUCAGUAGCUAAGUGGCUAAGUUUCAUUUCAGUAUCUCUAAGGCAUUGGGGUACAAGAUCAAAGCAUCUACUUAAAAAUGACAUGUCUUUCAAUAUAGUAAAAACUUGGAACCCAUAAUAUAUAGGUGAAAUUGCAUUAUCUCUAAUGUGCAAGCAAGUCAAGAUUGCUUAACUUUUUGUUUUUAACUGGUAAUUUUUGUUUCGAAGUAAGUGAUGCUUCAUGUUCUGGUAUCAUUGUCGUCCUGCUAUUAGUAGGUGUCAGCGCCAGCAUCUCAAUAGAUCCGCUGAGUUUCUGUGUGAUGUGUUCACAGCUAAAUUCAGAAUACUACACAGCUGCCCCAUGCCUUAUGAUUUCCUGCUUGUGUCAUUAACACCAGAGUGUUGGCAAGGCUUCAAAAGAAAGUAGAGUUUAAACACAAACACAGGAACUCAUUGGGAAUUGCUCAGAUCCAUUUAGUUUUCUACACUGUUUGAACUGGGGAAAGCGUCAGCGUGCAGUAUUUCAAAACUAGCAAGAAUUUGCUACAAUAUUAUAAGGACAUAACCUCCCAAAAUCCCCAGACCUUCAUAUGAGUACUUAAAUAGUUAUUCAAACCAAAAAAAAUGUUUUAAUAAAACACUGGAAUGUUUCCCCCAAAAGAAAAAAUAAUAAAGGGGGAAAAAAAGGAAAACGUACCUGCAAUCCCACUCUGAGCUCAAGUCCUUCCAGCAGCUCAAUCCUUCUCCACUGAUGUUUACCCCCUCACUAGAUGGUGAGGACUUCCCAGAAGAUGGGCUGAGGGGAGAACCUUGGCAUGGGACUGUGUUGUCAUUGGUUAUCUAUCGCCAGCAUGCUGAUGAAAGAUGUCCAAUGUGCACAGAUUUCACAUCCUUAAGCCCUGUUACACUGGACUAUAUCUCUGUUUGUGCAGCGUUUCAAAGUGCGUUCCAAAAUUUCCAUUCACUGAAUUGGUCAUGGUGCUCUAUUGAGUUUAUUCACACAACUGAAUGUAGUGAAUUGAAAACCAAUUUGUAAUUUUUGGACCAAAUAGAUGAUUGCAUAAACUCACCCAGUGAACAUCUAUUUAUUUUACCGAAAUUUUCUAAUGUAUUUUCUAAUUCACUAGAAUUCAGAGUUUAGUAAAUAAAUCACUAUUGUUUUAUUAUUUAAAGGACAGUCACUGUCAUACUCUGAGCAGACAUCGCUUGAAAUGUGCUUGUUAAGCAAAAUGAAUAUUGCGUGGGUUCACAUUUCUGCUCUUGUGCUACUGCUCUUGUGGGUACAGCUAGAAAUAUGGCUGCCAUAGGGAAUGAAUUUGCAUCUAUUUGUUUCCACAUUGUUAAUAGUGGCAACCGGGGUACACAUUAGACAUUGUGUAAGGCUGUACUUUGCUUUGUGGGAGUUGUUAGAUGAGUGUACAGUCUCAGUGGUGCCCAUUUUGCUGGCUGUGCCUUUGACUUUCAGGAGUGUUUCAAAGCAGCAGUGAUUCAGUGCUUCUCUGUGAGAAGCAUUCUUUUCAAUUGGGAUGAUUUUGCAUAUAUGCAAGAGUCCCACGGUGUGUCACUAUCAAAAGCAGUGGAUUUGCCUAGAGAUCAUCACUGUUGAGAGCCAAGCAGAUGGAAGAAAAGUGAGCAAAUUAAGUUUUAAUUAAACAGUGGUGGCCCUCAGUCUACCCCAAUAAGGAAACACUACACCGUAAGAAAUAAAUACAGUGCUUCUAUAAUGAGUAUCUGCCAUCUGUUGGAAAAUUAUAAAUAGUAAGGCAUUUUUUUCUUACUGUCCUAUUUCUAUGUAAAACAAAUAUAAGUGAAUACUGAGCAUGGUCAAACAGUUUCAAUACAAGUUAGAGGAUGCGUUGUCGCUUAUAGGUAGCAAAAAAUUGUGGAAAAUGUAGUUCUAGAACAGCUGAAGAUCUACCUCUUGACAAUCUCUGAUCUAAAUCCAAUCACUCUUUGUGGAAUAUCAUGGGUGUCCUUUAAGAAGGCAACAAUAAUGUGAGCAUUCAGGGCUGCAAUGUCAUUGCAGUAAAAAUAAUUGACUAUAGGCCCUGCUCACAGCUCCAUCUCCUGCAAUGUCAUCAAGAAGGCAUCGCUCUCUCCAUCGCUGGUCCAAUACAAUGCUCCUCCUGAAACGGAAAGUAUAUGUCAGAGCAUGUGGCACACGGAGCAAAUUAACUGUGCAAAAUAAACCUGUCUAAUAAUAAACAUAAUUUUUUUUUUUAUUCGCUAAUAGAUUAAUAAAAAUAUUUACUCUCCACAAACUAUUUCUAAAUGACUAGCUUUCUAAAUGACUGCCGGCGUCUAGCUCGGUUCCCUUGGAAGAGCCAGUAUGGCGAAACGCGCGUCGGGAUUAGUUUAGUGAGCGGUGGUUGGAGUCUGACUAGGGACGAUGCUGCAGCUAUUAGAAUAAUUUGUGUAUGAUGCUCCGGGCAGACCACCCUCUCUACAUUACCAGUAUUUAGACUAUAUUAUUAUCUUGGCGAUCCUCCAUUAGAGGCUACUUUGUUGCACUUAGAAAGGAGAUUAACGCUCGAGACUACUGAGAGAUAGGAGUAGCAAUAUCAGUGUGGUAACAGUGAGAUAGAUUCUAGUGUUUCUUUAGUUAUAGAUACUUUUGGAUUCAGUUUGAUCCACCAGGAACCUUUUCUCUCUGUGCUACUAUUUAUACCUUAGCUCUCCUUCUCUCCUUUUAUUUUAUCUAUUCAUUUAUUAUCUUUUCACUAAGUACCUAAGAGUUUAUUUUAGAAGGAAUCCUAUUAAAAGUUAAAUUUUAUACUAUUUUCAUAUGGGUUUCUUUGCAUAUAUAGGGAACCUUUGGGACUGACUCACUUAACCCUUAGGUCUCUCUGUAUCUGCUUGCUUUCUCCUUUUUUUGUUAUUGUACUAGUUACUAGGGGUCACCCCCCACGUUCUGUAAGCAACCCGACCUUAUACCCCUGUUCCUAUCCCCCUUUUUUUUCUACUUCACAAACUAUUAUUUUAUUUGAGAAAGUGAAUCUAAUUUUCAGAAUCAUGAAUAGGCACAGAAGAAUAUCAGCCAUUUUCUUUUUUUUUUUUAAUUUGUCUCGGAAGCGGUUUUUCAUUAAACUAAGAAUUGUGGCAAAUUGAUAAGAAGAUUUUACAUAUCAGACCAAUGCAGCAGAGUUGGAGAAUCUUUCCAAAUAUUUUGACCUCCCCUUCCCCAGUUAAUGAAUAAACACAGGAUCAUUUUUCCAGUUAAUUUUAAACAUGGGCAUGAUUGAGAAAAAAAUGUCUUAAGGAAUUAUCCACGAGAAAGUAACAAUGAUAUGCAAAGAUGUGACGUACGCUUAUGUGGUGCUGUGUAGUGCAAUGUUGGCCAAAUGUAGAUUUUCAUCUGUUGUAGAACCCAACUCCCAUGACUUUCCCCCCAAUAUUAUGAGGAUACCAGAAUUUAUUUAAAAAAGUAAAAUAAAAAAACUCCUAAAAAUAUUUCUAUAUGUCUAGAUUACAUAAGUAUUUUACGUUUAACUUUAAGGAUAUACAUGUUCCCUUUCUCCUAAAUUCAGAUUUGUUUCAGGUUGUUAUUGUGACAACCGCUUCUUAAGAUUUACUUGUUUUUAAUUGCUUCUGUAUAGACCUCACUCUAGCCAUGAGGUCUUUUUAAUCCUGUCUGUCUAGAUUCCUUUCCACAUCUGCUGAAUUGACAGAGUGCUGUAACUUAGCACUCAUCUGUUAGAAUCACAAAAUAAUAUUACAAAUCCUUUUUAAAAGGCCUCUCUGUAACCAUAACAUCUUCAUCUCAGUUAAGUUGUGGGGUCUGAAGUCUCCUGGUGCUGUUCUACCUUACUGUGUUAAACUGUUUAGGAACCAAAGUUCUGUGCUCAGGCAGUUUUCACUAGCUGCCCAUUGAGAGUACUAGUAGGUGAUGCUCUCUGCCUUUCAUUAGCAGUCCAAAGUAAUGAUUCUCUAUUUUCUGAGGGGAAAACAACUUAGGAGGUAUGAUAGGUGUGAAAGGACAGAACUUCGGUAUUAAAGGGUUCGAAAAUGGUUUAACAUUGUAAAGUAAAACCAGUGGUAGAACUAGAGAAGGCCCUGGUGAAAUUAUUUUUCUGGGCUCCGCCCUAUCGCAAGGUAGAUUUCCACUGUUGUACAAGUCUCUCAAUGCUUCGCCAGCUGCAAAUCUACCAUUUGUCCACCCCUUGAGCAGUGUUUGUGUGUUUGAACUUAUGCAGAUAUAAACACUAACGCAGGCAGAUACACUAGCACACAUACAGAUACAAACACAGACACACAUGCACGCUGAGGGGGCCCACCGAAUGGGCCCCCUUAGCGUGCGGGCCGCAAUUCAGCUGCAGUGACUGCACCAGCUGUAUUUUUGCCAUUGGGUAAAACAGCAACCGGGGACUGCAAGCACCAUAGCAACAGUGAGAUGAAGUUAUCAUGGUGCACUCUCAAACUCUGCACCCCCAUAUUCCCUGAUUUUGAAGGCCUUCAAAUCCUAUAAUUUCUUGAAAGCAAUAGAUGCCUAGAGAAUCACAUUGCGUUGUACUUCAGUAACAUUUCGUGGGCUGGAGUUUCAUUAUUAACAAUAAUAGCUUAUGUUCAUUGCGUAGGUUAUAGUGCUAGGAAUUCUUCUUUCACUAUCCUUUUAGUUGUUUAUAAAUUUAGUAAUCAUUAAAUAAAUCCCAGUAGCUAAAGCCCGAUCACCUCAUUUUAAAGAGGAGAAUCUUUUUUUCUUUUUUAAUUCAGAAAAUUUUAUUUUUAUAUUUUAUUUAAUUUGCAAUAUAAUAUAUGCACAUUAUAAAAUCAUACCAACUCCAGACUGGAGUACUCUUUUUAUGUUUGAUAUAAGUAACACACACACCACGGGAACACGUAGUUUGUCAUUAUGUUUGCUUGCUUUAGAAUGUACAGUAGUUAUCUGUUAUAUAUAAAUCUGUACUUGGGGAUCAGAGAUCUGUACUUGGACACAUUAUCUUUAAUAUUUUUAUUAGUGAUAUUGCAGAAGUUCUUGAUGGUAAUGUAUGUCUUUUUUUUGCUGAUGAUACUUAUAUAUGUAACAGGGUUGAUGUUCCAGGAGGAAUAAGCCAAAUGGCAAAUGAUUUAGGUAAACUAGAAAAAUGGUCAAAACUUUGGCAACUGACAUUUAAUGUGGAUAAGUGCAAGAUAAUGCAUAUUGGAUGUAAAAACCCAAGGGCAGAGUACAGAAUAUAUGAUAGAGUCCUAACCUCAACAUCUGAGGAAAGGGAUUUAGGGGUGAUUAUUUCUGAUUAUUUAAAGGUAGGAAGACAAUGUAAUAGAGCAGCAGGAAAUGCUAGCAGAAUGCUUGGUUGUAUAGGGAGAGGCAUUAGCAGUAGAAAGAGGGAAGUGCUCAUGCCAUUGUACAGAACACUGGUGAGACCUCACUUGGAGUAUUGUACGCAGUACUGGAGACCGUAUCUUCAGAAGGAUAUUGAAACCUUACAUAGGGUUCAGAGAAGGGCUACUAAACUGGUUCAUGGAUUGCAGGAUAAGGAAAGGUUAAAGGAUCUUAACAUGUAUAGCUUGGAGGAAAGACAAGACAGGGGGGAUAUGAUAGAAACAUUUAAAUACAUAAAGGGGAUCAACACAGUAAAGGAGGAGACUAUAUUUGCAAGAAGAAAAACUAUCACAACAAGAGGACAUAGUCUUAAAUUAGAGGGGCAAAGGUUUAAAACUAACAUCAGGAAGUAUUACUUUACUGAGAGGGUAGUGGAUGCAUGGAAUAGGCUUCCAGCUGAAGUGGUAGACGUUAACACAGUGAGGGAGUUUAAGCAUGCGUGGGAUAGGCAUAAGGCUAUCAUAGCUAUAAGAUAAUGAAAGUAUUUAGAAAAUUGGGCAGACUAGAUGGGACGAAUGGUUCUUAUCUGCCGUCACAUUCUAUGUUUCUAUAAGGUCAUCCAGCAUAAUUACAUAACUUUGUGCUCUGGAAGUAUUUAAAAGUCAUUUCAGAAAAGUUACUGUAUUAUGUCUCAGAUGGAGAGCUGGGAUUUCACGUUAAAAGGUCACUUAAUUGUGACUUGGCAAUGUUUUACUGUCCUGGUGGUAAUUGUUGAGAUUCAUAUAAAUUUAUCAGGAUCUCCAUGCCCAACUGAAUUGUAUGGCAUUCUCUAUGAUCAAGUUCAUUCAAAAUUGAACUCCAUAGCAAGUUCAACCGUGAAAUUAAUUGGGACUAGAUGGAUGUUUUAAUGAAUUUUGCUGCAACUUGAAGAAUAGUGACUUUUGGCCUUUUUGCCCUUUGGGUCUACAGUGGUCACAACCCCAAAUGUUAGUUUUCCCUGUAAUUUAGUGGAAAAAAUGAGUUGUAGCACUUUACGUUUUAGGAACAGGCCACUCAAAUGUAUACAAAUUCUGUGAAUAGCAAAUAUAAUUUUAGCUGUUAAAUGUUUUUGUUCUGAAAAUGAUCUUGUAAGCUGAUAUAAUUUGUUUGGUUUUUGCUAUUUUGGUCACAUUUCAUCUGCAAACUUUGUUGGUGUGCACAGAGGGCACUUCUCUGUGAUAUUACUAUGCCCCUGGAGUUUUACAUUAAAAAAAACAAAACAAAAAAAACCCCAUUGUCUUAUGAUAUAUAUGUAUAUGACGAGUUUUGAAAGGUUUAUUAAGUUUCCCAGUUAGGCAGCUAUACUUUGAGAAUCUAAAGAUAGAAGCAGGGGAAAUUCUAUUCUGCUUGUAUAUCUCAUAAUUUAAAGAUGAAGUAUUCUAGUAACAAAUAUCUAGCACACCUGUUAAAAUUUGCACCUUUGUCCUGGCUUUUCGCUAACACAGAUCUCAUCCAGUUAAAUGCUUCAUAUUGCACUGUAAAUUGAUCAUAAUGAACCUCACAUAUAAAAGUUCCCCAUUAAGAGACUUUAUCCCUUCCAUAUUCCCAGCUAAAUUCCUUUUGUCACCCAUGCAGACAAAACCCUUUAUCUGAAAUAAUAGAGGUUAGAUAGGACUUUUGGGCAACAUACACCUUUCUCAGUGGAAGGAUUUAAACCUAAGACAGAGCUCACUUACUACUGUUAAGGUGGCAUUCUAAGGAACAUAACCACUACAAUUCACGCAGUCGUGCUAUUUAAUGUCAGAUUAUUUAAGGGCAGUUUGGCACUCAGAAACCACACACUCUUAUCUAUUUUCAUAAUGCAGAAUUAACACUUCUGCAUUUUCAAUGUCCGUUUUCGUCCACUUGGAUGACAUUGAUUGGCUUAGUGCACUGGGCUCUCACUGAAUACACUUAAAGGAACACUAUAGUGUCAGGAAUAUACAAACAUGUAUUUCUGACACUAUAGGUCUAAAAAGCCAUUUAAGUGACUUUAUCCUCCCCCGUCCCCUGUUAAAAAGGUGAUAGACUCACCUUUUCCAGGGCCGUGCUGCCCCCCAGAUUUGAUGAUCUCAGCCAAUCCAAAAAAAUUAAACCAAUGAAAAAUAGGCACUAAGUUACUGCCACUAGAGGUGUUGCAAGGCUGUAAUGUAAACACUGCCUUUUCUCUGCAAAAAUGGACAUGCAGAAGACACCAGAACAACUACAUUAAGCUGUAGUUGUUCUGGUGACUAUAGUGUCCCUUUAACCAGUUAAUGCUGUCCCGGUCGGACAAAAUUGUCAUCGUUAAUGUGGGAGUCUUAUUUCCGCAUUAUCAAUGUAGCCAAAAAGGGAUUUAAUUUUUGGUUCCUGGAAUCCAGCUAUAGCUCAUUGAUGGCCAUCAUCCCCUUCCAGGCUGUGGUAAGCAGAUCUAGUGUUAAAACACACAGCACAGAAUCCAAACUAUAUGGAUUUAGAAACAAAUGAAGUCAUGGCACGUCAGCGACUCCUUAAAGGUGCAAUAUAGAAGUGGGACUAGCCAUGUCUAAUAGAGGAAGAUAGCAUGUCUAUAUUUUUAUUACACACAUUAUAAUCCUGCAAUAUUAUAUAUAAUAUAUAACAUAAAAUAGAUACACUUUCCUUUUGGCCAGUUGCUGUGGGACUUGGCAUUUUGCCCAGAACAAUAUUGAAUUUAUGUUGAAACAAAAUGUAGUGCAAUGUCUGACUAGGCAGAAUUCCCAGACUGUUACUAUGAAUGUAAAAACAAAAUGUAUGGCUACGGCUAACUAGGCCGGAAUGCCAGAUACUUACUGCUCAGUAUAGUAAUAUUCUGAAACAUGUCUUAUCCGGGACUGUAUAAGACAUCUUAUAGUACAUCUUAUUACUCUUAUUGGUGUUUAGAACUCUCCCCAAUCUAGUCAAAUACAACAUUUUCUUUUACCAGAAUCUGCACUUACAGCAAAACUCACUGGGUUAUUUAUUAAAGUGAGAAUCGUAAGGAAUUUACAGUUAAAGGGAUCCUAUAGUGCCAGGAAAACAAACCCGUUUUCUUGGCACUAUAGGGUUAAUAGGUCCCCUCCCUCGGGGCCCCCUUUCCACGGGGCUGAAGGAGUUAAAACCCCUUCAGCCACUUACCUGAAUCCAGGGCCGAUGUCCCUCGAUGCUCGGUCAGGCUCCGCCCACGCUCCUCCCCUGCCGACAUCAGCCGGCGGGGGAGACCUAAUGCGCAUGCGCGGAAAUGGCCGCACGCGCGUUAGACCUCCCCAUAGGAAAGCCUAAUGCGCGUUAUUUAAAGCUUUCCUAUGGAGAAAAUCUGAAGCUGGAGGUCCGUGAGGACGCCCAGCAUCAGCUAGCGGACCAAAAGUCUGUUUGAAUUCCGGAAGCACUCUAGAGGCUGUCUGUUAGACAGCCACAGAUGGCAGACUUAGUGCUGCAAUGUAAACAUUGUAGUUCUCUGGAACUGCAAUGUUUUACAUUGCAGCACUAAGUGCAAAAGGGUCACAACACCCAGACUACUUCAACUACAGUGUCCCUUUAAUUGGAAUCAAAUUUCAUUUAUUAGGCAAAAACUGUUGUACUGGAAACAUAUCAUGAUUAACUUACCUGAAAGUAGUCAAAUGUAUCUGUUUGCUAUAAUUAGCUGUUUGAUGGGGAGUGAUUUAUCAUCAUAAGUGCUCCCUCUUUUACUAGGCAAUCUCUAAUGAGCACAUACAAGUUUUAUUACUUGCGUACAUACAUGCAUUUAAUAUACAGAGUAGUUAGGUAACUCUGAAAAUUUUUCAAAUAAAAGCUAUUUAUUCAAACAUCCAAUUUCAUAAUACAUUUGAAAACAUUGCUGUAACUGCAGAUAACAUUUAAACCGGAUGUCUUACCAAUAUCGUAUGCAUGAACGAGGGCUUGCACAAUUAACAUAAAAUACAACAAUUUUACACCUCGUAAAAACAGGGUAUAUGUUUAAACUAGCUGACACGUGUACUGUUGUCGACACUGCCAUCUUUUUUAGCCUGGAGUGAUACUCUACUAUCACCACAUUAUUCUCAUAUAAGUAUGACAAUAGAUAAGUCAUUAUAGAAGAAUUCAUUAGAUGCCUGACAUCAAUGGAAGAUUCCUUCACGUGUUCCUUCAACCCAGGCUUCCCCAAACUCCGGCCCUCCAGAUGUUGCUGAACUACAACUCCCAUGAUUCUCAGCCUAUCUAUUUCAUUCAUAGACUCAUGGGAGUUUUAGUUCAGCAACAUCUGGAGGGCCGGAGUUUGGGGAAGCCUACUGUAACCUGUCAGUUCAUAAUUUCACAGAUGUCAGUAACUGAGAGCGGCAAAAAUUUAAAGGUAUUCAUAUCAGUAAGGCUAGCUGAUCCAUCUGCUACCAUUAUCUAAAUCUACGUAACAAUAAAUUAGUUCCAUCUUGCCUAUAAGUAUAAUUUAAAAACAAAGCAGAAUAAAAAAAAAAAAAGAAUUGUAAGGAAUUCAAAGUAACUUUGAAAUUUAAGGCCAAAAUAGCUGAACCUGAAAAAUUCUCAGCUGUGCUUCCAGUUCUGCUACUUUGGCCUUAACGUGAUGUGUAUAAAGUAAAUCUGCCCCAAAUAAAUCAUAGAGAUACAUGAUGUACUCAAUGUAAAAUACCUUCCAUCAUUACUAUUUCCUCAGCUUUGUGGGUAUUACUCUUCAUGUACCACUCACCUCUGGUCUGUCCUCUGCUCCUCCUGUCUUCUGUGCCUGUGUCAUCCCUGCUUGUGGACAAACCUCCUCAGUGUCCCCCGGCAUGUUUUCUUCGUUGUCAGCAUGCCGCUUGUCUGAACGUUUAGUGCUGGCGUCUGUUACCAUACUCCUUAGCUGGCGCUAGCGGCAGUGCCCUGUGGUUGCUAUACUUGGGAGAGUAGAAGGACCUCCUGUUGGAGAUCUUUUCUUCUAUCUCUUGUCAGUCAAAUUUUCGGCAUUGAAUCUAUACCGAAGAUUAUACUGAUAAGUGGAAGGAAAAAGAAAACAUUUUGUAAGUAGGUUUUUCUCCCCAACUAUACAUUUGCCAGCAAAACUGUAGAGCUAAUCAAAUUUGCGAAGUUCCUUAUUAUUCUUUAAAGAUAAUAUUUAGGCAAUCUGUUAUUCCGCUGAAAAUCUAUUUUGGCAGCAUUCAUUAUUGCAUAUAUUGUGACCAGAUCCCCCUAUAUGUUCGACUGACUGAAUUGUAUUCCCUGACCAUAACAUGACUGUCACUGUGCUACACAGAAGGAUCCAAGAAUUUUCUUUCCUUCAGCAAUGUCUAUUGAGUAUUGGCGUUUUUGUGUCAUGGACUUCUCUUUUAUUUGCAAGGUUAUUUAGUAAACCGCGAUUUGUUUGAACUUUAAAGUGACUUAUAUAUUAUAUAAUAGCUGAAUGACCUUUGAGCACUUUUCCAAUUGAGCUAUACUGACAUAGAAUUUAAAAUUCACUCUAUGCCAACCCAUUCACAGCUAAGUAAAUAAUACUGUAAUACUCUGAUAUACUUUAUCUUUAAUUCAUUCUGUGAUCUCUCCUGUUUGUUGUUAUUCCGCAACAUUUGUUUGUAGUCUGCAGCAUGCCCUACAAGACCAUUUUAAGAUGCUUUCUCAGGGAUGAGACGCUCAAAGCUUACCUUUCCCUUUAAGUACGGUUUGUCAGAUACCGAUCUUCAAUUGGCAUUCCAGUCAUUCCAGAAAUUUGUUGAAUUUGACCACAAUGUACAGGUUCUUCUAUUCAAAUCCUCAUUUUGUUAUGGAAUGACACAAUUCCUUGGUGAGGAGGUUUAGAAACAUCCCAGUGUUCUUACAAAAUAUCAGUGCCGUUAGUGAGUAUGCCAUAGACUCUCCAAGAUUGCUGUGACCAAUAACUUAUUCCAACCCUUAUUGUUACAAUACAUGUAUUGGAAGAGUUGAUAUGGACUCUGAGUAAAUGAAUCUUAGACAGGGAUGGCCAAAAUAGUUAUACCAUGAUAAUUUACCAGCUAUUAAAGAAUUACUUGAAGGACCAUAACCUCUAGGGCCAGCUAUAGUGGUUAUGAUGCCAGGAAUAUCCUCUUCCAGAUCCCCAAUAAUGGAGCAGGUGACCGCUUUCAGACUAUGACUGACAUUCUCUGCCUGAGAAUUUGCAUACAGUUGACAUUAGUCAGCCUGGAGCUCUUGUUCUAGGCUGGCUGAUAAUACCCCAAAUAUGCUGCUGGAGGUGGAGUUACAGCUCUGGCAGUUAAGGGGUUAAUCUCUGUAUGUGCAAGGUUUCAAAGCCAAACGCUGCACAUACAGACUUCAGGCACCAUGACCACUUCAAAUGACUGAAGUAGGUCAUGGUGUUUGGAGUAACCCUUUAAGCAGAAUGUAAUGGGAGCUGGCUGGCAAAGCAUCAAGGUUAUUGUAGUUCUGCAAUCACUGUUCGUCAAUUUAUUGAUUUCCCCUGUUUUAAGACAUUUACACCUACCUGGCAUAGAAACUGUGUAUAACAUAUCCUACCUCCCAAUGCCUCAAUUCUGAAGAAAUUAAUGUAAAGUAUAUUGCUACACUACGUUUUACACACACAAUAUUUUUGAGCAGUUCUAAAUGCCAGCCUUUAAAUUAAUAAAUGUGUGCAUUUAUAAUUGUCUGUUCACUUCCACGUUCCUUAUACUAAUUCCUUUUUUAAUUCUAUUAUAAAGCAAAUAAAAACACAAUGUUUUCAAUUUCUCUUAGGUUAUUUUAUGUCAAAAAUAUGUUCGUUCCUAAAAAAAAAACUUUGGAUUGACCCAUCCUUGACUCUCAGCAGGUUAGCAGUGUUAAUCCCUAUUCACAAGGUCCUUUCAGAGCAAGAUAAUUCCUCACUCAGUGACUUCCUGGUGACAGGGAGAUCUGACACAGACAUUUCGGUUCUCUUUUAUCAUCACAGAAAGUAUUUUUCUGUAACUCACAACCUCAAAAUAUUCAACUUUGUACGGUCCCAUUGAAAGUCUUGUAGCAUUGUCUUAAAAUUUGCUAUAAUCUAAUUAUCUAAUCUAUUCUAUAUUAUUAUGGCAAAAGAGCAAAACCUGAAAGUUGUGUUAGCAAAGACGAUUAAAACUUCACUCUUAACCAACUAUGGCCUCAAUUUAAAGGACCACUAUAGUUCCAGGAAAACAGGGUUCCACUCCCUCACUGAAAAUCACAGUGAGAAGCGCGGAAGCGCCUCUAGCGGCUGUCAAUGAGACAGCCACUAGAGGCUGGAUUAACCCAUAUGUAAACAUGGCAGUUUCUCAGAAACUGCUAUGUUUACAGCAGGCAGGGUUAAUCCUAGAUGGACCUGGCACCCAGACCACUUCAUUGAGCUGAAGUGGUUUGGGUGCCUAUAGUGGUCCUUUAAUAAGAUUUCCAAAAGAUUCAAUACUGUUAGAACAAUCUUCGAAAUGAUUUACCUACAGAGGUCAGUCACUAUGAAAGGGAAUUUUUGUAGAUAAAUAAUUUGGAAAGUAUUUCUAAUAGUAUCGAUUAAAGGACCACUAUAGUGCCAGGAAAACAUACUCAUUUUCCUGGCACUAUAGGGUCUCUAGGUCCCACCCUCUGGGUCCCCCUCCCACUGGGCUUUAGGGGGUGGAAGGGGCUAAUUCCUUACCUUUUUCCCCCUUCAGGCUCCCUCGGCGCAGGGAACUCUCCUCCUCCUUUUCGCCGUCAUCGGCUGAAUGCGCAUGCGCGGCAAGAGCCGCGCGCGCAUUCAGUUAGUCCAUAGGAAAGCAUUCUCAAUGCUUUACUAUGGACGCUGGCGUUUUCUCACUGUGAGACAGCCACUAGAGGCUGGAUUAACCCAUUUGUAAACAUAGCAGUUUCUAUGUUUACAGCAGAAAGGGUUAAACCUAGAUGGACCUGGCACUCAGACCACUUCAUUAAGCUGAAGUGGUCUUGGUGCCUAUAGUGGUCCUUUAAUUUGUAAAUCUUAUUAAAUUGAUGUCUAUGUCCUUUCAUAGUGUAUAGUUCAUGGAGCUGACUGGUCUUGUGUCCUUGCAAAUAUGUCACUAAUAACUGCAACAGUUCUUAAAAAUUGAUGAAUCCAUAAGUACUUGUGUAAUGCGCAAAUGCCAUACACGUGUCCUAUUAAUUUUACCAUUUUUCCUAACUUUCUAUAUAUUAUUUCAAGAUUUGAGUAACUUCCUCUGUUUGUCAUCAAUGUAAUUAAAAAGCAAAAUCAUUAAAACUGUAUACCAAAAAAUAUUAAGCUUGCCCUCAAUGGACUUGCUUAGUUCCAGUCAAAUAGAACAAGCUCCAUAGUGUAAUAUGUAAGUAGGUAUUUGUACCAUCAUAUUCACUAAAGCUUAGUAAAGGGAAACAUGAAACAUGCAGAUGAGGGAAUAGAAUUUAAAAUCCUCAGAUUGAAUAAAAACAGGAAAUUAAAAUUUACCACAAACUCCCCCCUCCUCCCCCGCAAAAAAUGUUGAGCAUGUAUGACAAACAUGUUUCCAAUUUACUUAUGCUGACGCUGUUGACGAUCUUUGAUGUUUCUGUGACCUUCGAGCCACCACAUGUCACCAAACUGUGGAUGGUAGCCAAGCUGUCUUCGUAAUGCUGUAUGAGGUUAUAUUGCACUUUACAAUUGUAGAGAGUCCUCACAGAACAUACAUGCCAUUCUAUAACAUUGUUGUUGUAUUUUUGUAUGGUGGCUCCCAGCCUCGUUGCUCCUAGUUGCUGAAAAUGUUCACAUUACUAAUUCAAAAUGGCAGCCCCCAUUACGUGUUUCAUUUGGUCUAAUCAUAUUGAUUUUAUAUAAAUUUCUAUUUUUAACACAUAGCUCCAUGUACACUGUUUACAGGAUACACCAUAUGAACACAAAAAAUAGAUAGGGGACAUGCGUGUCUUAAUGUUUCAUAACUUUGCAAAUUUUGUGGUUUAGUGACCAAAUGUGUUCUUUAUUGAAUAUUUUUUGUAUUAUUAACACUUCAGCAUGUUCGGACAUCUGAAAUGCUAUUUGCGUCAUAUUUUAUAUAAAUAUAUAAUGAUGUAGCUAAAUUCUCAUGUUAGAACUAUUUUCGCAUGUUUUUUAGUGUUCCAUUAUUAAUACAUUGUGUUCUUUUCAAUCAAGUGACAGUUUCCAUCUAUGUUCAACCUUACUAUCCCAUUAGCACACUUUAUAUUUCAUGUGUUAACAUAUUUUUAUUUAGUUGUUGAAGUGUAAAUAAAUAAAGUUUAAUUUUUUAUUAACAAUAUACAUUUUAGGAUUAGUUUUUCGAUUGCACCUUUUGAGUACAUGGCCUGUUAUGUUUUAUUCAAACUUUUGUAGCCUUAGUAGUGUGUCAUCAUGUACUGAGCAAUAUUUCUUUCCAAACUUCUGUAGACCUAAUUAGUAAAAAUAAUAAGUAUGUAUUGCAAUUUAUGUAUACAUGCCGGUAAACAGACAUAACAGUCUGUGUUGCGUCUUGAUUCUGCUCAGAAAGUCUAUAGAUACAUUUUUAGUAUUUUCAUUGAUACACAUGCUUUGGUGUUCAGGGUCAAUGUAGUACUAGCUCAUUCUUCUUCCUCUAAAGCCCCCAAUCUCUGAUGUCUCUGGCUGUUUAAACUCACGCAGUGGCCAGAGGGAUAAUACCCGUUUUUUUGCCAUAUGUCCCGAUACUGAGAUGAUCAUCAGCACCACAGGACCCUCUUCACAUUUCCACUCCAGUGACUGAGAGGAUUCCCUUGACCCUCCCCAAUGGGAUGACCGACGAGACGCCGCCAGUCAAAGAACCCCACCGAAGGAGCAUUGUGAGAGCUGGCCCCUCUGCCAUACUCAAACAACCAGCACAAAAGCCACUCUUUUGUCUGACAUAACAAAGACUCAACACGUCUUACACAAUGGCAGAGUCUUAUCACAGUGAGCGUGGACUGUGUGAGGCAUCCAGAGCCUUACUUGGCCUCAGGAGCAGAAUAAAGUGCUGCUGUGUAAAGGGGAACAUGUUGCUGUAUCAACUUUCUGUUCAUCUAUUAAUUUUUAAUAGUGUAAAUUAGGUAUUUUUAUAUUAAGAAGCAACUCAUGAAUUCUUAAUUGCAUGUAAUUUUUCUUAGGGGACAUUUAAAUUAUGCCAGUUUUUAAUGCCAAAUAGUAAGUGUCCUUGCCUAUAGUUCGUUAUGGCUGACAAAGCAUCAUGGGAGUUGUAGAUCUAUGACAACUGGGUAUCCUCCUAUUGGCCACCUGUACUUCAAAUGUUACUUGCAUUGCUUUUCAAAUGUUCUGAUAAGUGGGCUAUACAUGUUAUAUCCCUAACUGAUCAGGAAAGUUGAUCAUUUGUACAGAUUUAGUAAGUAAAAUUUCCAUUGAAUCAAUUGUACUGUAUUAAAGGGACACUAAUCACCAAAAUCUCUUGACCUUAAUGAAUUGAUUUUUUAACGAUGAUAUUGCACUGCAUCCUUAGAUGUGAAAAUUGUGUUAUUUCUGAGAAUUACUGUUAACAAAAUGUAAACAAGUAUUAUUCGAUCCAUGCUAUUCAAUAAUUACAUUUAUUUGAUGUGCGUCCUCAGCAUGCAAAUUAUAUUGGUGCCAGAUGCUUGGUGAACAUGCAGUGCUUCUCUUUGAGAAACAUUGGUUUCAAUUAUUCUUGUUGAGAAGCAAUAGGUUGACAAAUCAUUGUGAUAACCACGCAUGCACCGUAUGUCUGCAAUGCUUCUCUAUUAGUUUUUUUUUUUUUUUGAGCUGGUUUAAAGAACUACAAUAGUGUUAGGAAUACACUAUAUGCACUUGUGAGUGUGUUUUCUACCAAUCACCACCUCUUCCCAUAUAUCAUUCAUACUGUACCAUUAGAUUCUCUUUCCUUUAUUUUUCAUGUACUUUGGAUUCCAUAUACCCCUAAGUUAAAGGGUGAGUGAGUAUUGCUUAGCGCUCCACUUAAAGCUUAAAGGUUUGAGGCUGGUUGUUACCUCUUCAAACACCUUAUUUACAUUAUAUACUACGCUUGGUGGAUAAACGAGAGUUCCACAACAGUUUUGCAGCAGCUUAAUUAACGACAUUUCUAACAAUCCUUUUUAAGCACCUAAUUGAACACACAGAACACUUUUCACUAGAUGCAUCGCUAUGAGACCCCAGCCAGAUCGACUCUCACAGAUAACCUCUUCAAAUGCUUCUCAUAGAGAGUAUAUUAGUGGAGUAGAGUGGGACUGGCCUCACAGGCACUUCUUGUCCCCAGUGCUCCUUUAUGGGAAGCAUUGGAUUGGACGAAAGAUAAGAGUUGGCGUGAUGUCACAGGAGGUGGAUCAGGUGCCUUCAGAGACUGGAUCUUAGUUCUGUAAGGAAAAAUGAUAACAUUAGUGGGGGGCAGAAUCUAAAUGUUGAUGCGAACACAAUACCGUUAGGAAUGCUGGUUUGUAUUCCUAACUCUGUAGUGUUCCUGUAAUGGUGUCUUUUAAAGUAUUUUAUUUUAAUUUUAUUUUUUUAUAUUUCAUAUUUUAAAAAGGGGAGCCAAGUAUUUUAAUCAAGCAAAGGAACAAAUUUUAAAUAUUUUUUUUGAGACUGUUCUUUUAAUACAGAAGCUGUGUUACAGUGAUGCAAAGUAAAUAGUAGAGAACACAAUGCUUCUAUAAUUACACUCAAUAAUUUCAUGUAAAUUCAUGGAAUGAUAUUAUUUAAGGUUGAUUAGUAUCUCUAUAAUGCCACAGCACAGCCUGCAAGUGAAGAAGCAGAUUACGUCAGUCACCAAUCUGCAGAGAGACAUCAUUUUUGCACAGAACAAACAUCAGGUUUGUCUGGAACAGAGAGCUGGAUUGCCUUAGUCACAUGUGCUACGGGUGCAACUAGACUCCCACGCUAAAGUGUAGAUUUCUCUAUAUAGACAUAAUUUCAAGCGGAAACACUGCACAUAGAGAUUGCUUGCUCCCAAAAGCAGAAGUGGUAAUGGAGGUUGGAGUAACUCUUUAAGUUACUCACUUGUUGGUUAUUAUUUUGAUUCUGAAAGGGUGUACCAGUUUGCAUACCUUCUUUGUGUCUGUUAAACCCUCAAUUUUACGUUAUGCUGGGAAUCGCCCAUUAGCGUCCGCACUGCCGCAGUAUAAUUUUUACUGAUGCCCAAACAGUAUAUGGUCUGGUCUUAAAAUAUACAGUUCUCUACUGCCAGUCAGUAGACUGUGGCUACCCUUUAUGAUUGUCUUUUGACUCACUCUUUUGAUGGUGUUUUUGAUAUUUCUUCUGGUUGUUUUUUUCCUCUUUUUCUUUUUUUAAUUUGUUUUACUUUUCUUUGAAAAUAAUCUGAAAAUCGAAGCAAAUUACUACAAAAAACUAAAAUAUGUGAAUCUCUGACAUUCGAGCCCAGCCCUGCUUCAGCAAAUUGUAGUUCUUUGUUACACACAAUGGUGUAUUCUGGUUUUGUGCUGCCCUAGGCAUGACAAAACUCAGGCACCCCCCCCCCAAAUUUCAAAAUUUCUCUUCCUGACAGACACGCCCUCACUGAUGCACUGACAUACACUCACAGAUACAGUCAUUGUCACACACACUGUUUAACCAACACACACUUUCACUGAAACAUACACAUUCACAGACAUACACAUACACACUCACUGACAAGACACACAUGCACACUCACUCAGUGUCAGACACACACACUGGGACACACAUAUACUCAAUGACAGAUACACACUGACAAACACACAUAUACACACUCACUGACAAGACACACAUGCACACUCACUCAGUGUCAGACACACACACUGGGACACACAUAUACUCACUGACAGAUACACACUGACAAACACACAUAUACAGACUCACUGACAAGACACACAUGCACACUCACUCGGUGUCAGACACACACACAUACACUCACUGAGAGAUACACACUGACAAACACACAUAUACAACACUCACUGACAGACAUAUAUACACUCCGUAAAAAACACAAAAAUUAGGUGCUCACUAUAUACUUUAAGGCAGCAGUAAAUCAAGGAUUCCCCAAAACCUUGUAAGAAUAGAGACAGAAGACAAAUACAAAAAAUAGAUAACCGCGCCUUAAAACACAGUAAUGUACAAAAAUGAAGCCAAAUAUAAAAAAUAUGUACAUACUUUUUUGUUAAAAGUCUAUGAAGUCUUUGGCUAUACAGUUCAAGAAAAAGGAAAAAGAGACAAUAAUAGUGCAGUAUGUCUUUAACACAGUGAAGUACAUUUACAUUUUUUAAAAAAGUUCAUUCCACCCAGCCUUCCUACCAUUGAGGGAAGAGCUCAGUGCAGAAUGUUCCCUCACCUUCCACCUACAACAUCAGGAGAUGCCAGCGUUGGUGAGGGGGGUGAGCGGAAGGGGCCCGAGGGGCCAGCUCUGGGUCCCCCAAGGACAGGAGCCUAGCAAGGCAUCUGCCAGGGCAAUUGGGGGCAGCUUUUUUUGCAGCCUCCCCUGAAAGUGCUGCCCAAGGCAAAUGCCUUGGCAGCCUCGCGCUAGAUACAGCGCUGGUUACACAUAUAAAAAUAUUUGGAUCUUGUAAAAAUAAUUUGCAGUGCUACACUGUAAGCGUAUUGGAUGCCUCUUAAAUUUAAGUUGUGGCAGGUCACUGCAGAUCCUAAUUCUCCAACAAAUUGCAUUAACCCUGUAGGUCUGUGCAGUUCAGCAGUGCAGAAAGGGCUCCAGCAAUCUAUACAACUUGUACCUUCUACCAUUGUACUGUGGGAGCACGCAGCUCAUGGGCACCCAUGCAAACAUUUGUAUGGGUGAGAACUUUAAAUUCCUCAUUAUAAUGUCAGAGGAAGAGAAGGUUUGAUUAGGUUGCUGGUGAAUCCUCAAAGCACUACUCAUAUUCUAGCACCAUAACCACUAUAAUAAGUUAUAGCAGUUAUGAUGCGUGGUGCCCUUUUAAAAUAUACAUGUUUUUGUUCACUCAUUAUUAUAGGUUUGCUUUAAAGUAUUCUUAUAUUUGUUCUUUGAUCUCGACCUAAGCGUAUGAAACUGUAUAGAAGCAUACGUUGCUAAAAUAUUGACUUCUAUAAAUAAACUCUGGUAUACAUUUUUAUGUGUGGAAAAUACAAUUAGUAAAGUACUACAGAAGACUAUCAACAAAAAUCCCCUAAUAGUAUCUCUGUUUUUCUCACCUCCAAUUGACAUAUAAAAAAAACAUUAUUUUUACAAUUGUUCCUGUUUGCGAAGAUUGCUAUGGUAAUUUUAGAUUUAAAGGCUCAUAUUGCCUGUGUGUUUUAGUAGGCGUUAUACACUUCAUGGCCAAAAAAAAAAGUCGCCACCUGGAUUUAACUAAGCAUAUAGGUAAGAGCCUCCUAUUGGAUAGUUACUGCAUGGGCGAUUAUCAACUAUAACGUGUUAAAGGACCACUAUAGUGCCAGGAAAACAUACUCGUUUUCCUGGCACUAUAGUGCCCUGAGGGUGCCCCCACCCUCAGGGUCCCCCUCCCGCCCGGCUCUGGAAGGGGGAAAGGGGUUAAAACUUACCUUUCUCCAGCGCUGAGCAGGGAGCUCUCUGCCUCCGAUCCUCCUCCUCUCCUCCCCGUCGGCUGAAUGCGCGCGCAUUCAGCCGGUCGCAUAGGAAAGCAUUAUCAAUGCUUUCCUAUGGACGCUUGCGUGCUCUCACUGUGAUUUUCACAGUGAGAAUUACGCAAGUGCCUCUAGCGGCUGUCAAUGAGACAGCCGCUAGAGGCUUUGGGGGAAGGCUUAACCCAUUCAUAAACAUAGCAGUUUCUCUGAAACUGCUAUGUUUAUAAAAGAAUGGGUUAAGCCUAGCUGGACCUGGCACCCAGACCACUUCAUUAAGCUAAAGUCGUCUGGGUGCCUAGAAUGGUCCUUUAACUUUUUUCAUGAAAUGCAUUUUUGUUUAAAUUUAUAUUAAUGGAACACAAACAUGUAUUCCUGAUCUUAUAGUGUUGAAACCACCAUUUAGGUGACUUGCCCCCUUUUGACCCCCUUAAAAAAUAACAAAAAAGUACCUUAUUUAGAGUAUAGUUUGGGUCUGCCGGCACUGGCCCCGCCCCAAUCCGCCAAGGAGGUGGGGCCAAACGCUAGCUUGGCCAAUCAACAUCUCCUGAUAGAGCUGCAUUGAAUGCAGAGCAUGGAGAUGCUAAACGUGUGCAGCACUGUUCCAGGAAGCACUUCCAGUGGCUACCUGAGGAGUGGCCACUGGAUGUGUCCCUAGGGAGCAACUCCUUUUCCUUGUAGUUGUUCUGGUGACUAUAGUGUCCCUUUAAAGAUUCCAUCAUCAUCCAAUCCAGCCUAGUUGAAAGAAGUACUAACAUUGCAAAUGAGGAGGAGAAAUGCAAACUUUGAGGGAUAUUUAUCAAGGCAAAACCAGUACUAUUUUGGUUGUAAGGUAACAGUUUUGUUUCCAUGGUGACUGCCCCUUAUUUAGCACUUUGCCCCAGAAAAGCACCUGGUUUUCUCCUGAUAAACCGUCCCAUUGUGUUUAUUUCUCCCGUUGACUUGAGAAAGUGAAAUGUUGCCACUCUGUUUGAUGGUUGAAUAAACCACCAUUUUCUGCUGUGCUGAGUGCUGAGUUUUCAUUCUUUUGAUUGUAUUGUGGUCUGUGGAGCAAUGACCUUAUCUGUGGCACCAAGGAUCUCUGAAGUUUGAACUAGCACCCUUACAAUCUGAAGUUUGAUCUAGCAUACUGCUAUUGUUUUAUAACAAAACAAUGAUUGACAGUUUGUGAAGAUGGAUGGGCCCAGUAGCAAGAUAAAGAGGUGUGAAUUUCUAAAUUUAUUUUUUCCCCAUUUUUCCCAAAUACUUAUUUGUUACAAAUAUAGAUAAGUAAACAUAAUAUUGAUAAUACUGGUGACAGUGACAAUUGCCAUAGAAACCAAUAAAAUCCUAAGGAACAUCCCAUUUUUGACUGCCACCUGUUUUAUCUGCAACUUUGAGCCAGUUUUAAUAGCAACAUGUUAAUCUGUCGCUUUGGAUCAGCCAGUAAGCCAUGGUAACUGACCGCACUACAGCCGUCUCUGUAUAUAUCUGUGUUGCAGCGUUGUAGGGGUUAAAUGAAAGCAGUAUAUAUCUACAUUUUUAAAGGAAAAGCUACAGGCAUGUUGCACACAACAUAUAAAUGUUGUUUUGAACUUACUUUGCACAUAGGACUAAACUUUUUUUUUACAACUUGAAGUUUAUUCGUGUUUUGGUUUAGUCAAUUGCAUAUCACAAAACAGUAUGGGUGGGGUAAGGGGGUACAAAAGAUAAAGGGAGGGGUGCAGGGUACAAGUUGCAGGUUACAGCGGUUGGUUUGUUAACUUUAUUACACAUUUUACACUUUUUACACUUUUUGAUGCGCCUCCUAGCCCCUUCAUGUUUUUGUUGUGAGUUCUACCCUUGUUUUGGUCUGUUUUAGUUUCGGGUACUAGAGUCUGUUUGGGUGAAGGUAUUUUGUUGCGUACCUAGCCAGAUUACUAAUUGCCUCGUUUCCCGGUGGUGUUUGUGCCUUGUUAUUAGGUUGCGGUUAUCCUUUUUUUUUUUUCCCUUCCUCUCUCUUCCCCCCUCUACUGCGAUUACAUGUUGGUGCUCGAUACUUCGCUAUGUAUCCUUUACUGUGUGGUGCGUUCAGCAUUCCCUGGCAUGGAUGAUUGGAAGGGGGACGGGGGGGACGAGGGGGCUGGUGUUGUAUCUUGGUACUCGUUUGCGGGUUUUUUGCCUUUUUCCCACCUCUCGUGGGCUUCCCUUAUACACGGGCGGGUUCCGAAUUGUGUCGUUGCCAUUAAUUCAUAAGACCAAUUAAGGUCCAUUUGCCUCAUCAACUCGGCUAUUGAUGGUGUUGUGGUUUGUUUCCAUAGCCUGGAUAUCAGCAAGUUCGCUGAUAUUAGUGUGUGGUAUAUAAUGACUUUAAGAUGUUUUGGGAUGUUGGUUGGUAACAUGAAUAAUAGGCAUUCUUGUGGUGUGUCCACCCUUAUAUUAUGCGUUAUGUCGUUCAGGAGUGUGGACACCGCUUCCCAAAAUGGGCUUAUUUUGUCACAGGACCACCAGAUGUGAAGCAUUGUGCCUACCUCCCCCCCGCACCUCCAGCACUUGUUACUUGUGUGCGGCCAUAUUGCAUGUAGUUUUGCGGGCACUAGGUACCAUCGAUACAUAAUUUUGCGCUGCAGUUCCAAAUGCGAUGCGCACGCUGUUAGUCCUCUGUGGACCGAGUAGGACCUCUCCCAGAUUUCCCUUGGGAAUGUCUGACCUAUUUCCCUGUGCCAGUCUUUCUUGAUCUGUUCUAGUGUAUGCGUUUGUGUUAAGGUUAACUUAUGGUAUCCCCAUGACAUUGAUUUCUUUAGUGGUGCUAUUCCUACACAUUGUUUUUCAAAAACCGUCAUGGUUGCUUCAUCUUCUAUACCCGGUUGUUUGCUUAGUUUGCCUGUUAUAUAUGAUUUGAGCUGCAGGUAGGAGAAUGUGAUUGUGGUGGGCAGUGUGUAUUCCGUUUGUAUAUCUGGUAGUGUUUUCAGUUUGCCUCUGUCAAUGACCUGGUAUACGUGGUGUAUUCCCCCUCUCUUCCAGGUGUCUUCAUAGGACUAAACUUUUAACCUAUUAAUUAUGUAACGGACAGUCAUAUUAAUAAAUUAUAGAGCCAUCAGAACUUGGCAUGGCAUUACCUGUUAUUAAACAUGCGGAAGGGAGCACUAAAUUUGCAUUGAAGUAUAAUUAAGAUAUUAUUUAUAGUCUGGUAUUUCUCAGCUGAUAAUAUAACAGUUGAUUGUUGUACAGAUUCCUUUCUUCAAUGAUUCAUCAUUUAGCUACAUACAAAACAGUGGUAAAGGAAUACUCUGUUAGGAAAACAUGUAUUCCUGACAGAGUAAUAUUGGGUUAAUUUUAAUAUCUGGCCGCCUGCUCAAAAUAUGUAAAGUUUUUUCACUAACUUAAUUUCCUCAGCUCAACAAUCUCAUGGCGUUUGUAGUUUCUCUGCUGGUUGAGACCAUCAAUACUGAUGAUUUCAGCCAAUCUAGUGCUUUGCCAGGCAGCACCAGUAAUCAUUUUUGCACUGAUAUUGAGCAUUUGUGUCUCCAUGGAAAGUGAGACUGUAGGUCCUUUAGUAUCUGGAAUAGCGCAUCCAGGAAGCCCCUCUAGUGUCUGAUUGCCGAAUGACCACCAUUCCAGGUGGCGUUAGGCAGCAAAUAAACACUGCCUUUACUCAGAAAAGGUUGCAUAUAUACUGCUCAGCCUGGAGGAACAGUCUCUUUGCCCCUGAACCACUGCAUUUAGCUGUAGUGCUGGUACAUAGUGUUCCUUUAAGGAAGUAAUUUCAUUCCAAAUGAAAUUCCUUGAAAUUGCCCCUGCUGUAAAGGGGAAUCUAAAGAACAGUAUAAGCCAUGUUCCAGGUUAAAAAAGUGCGUAUUACGUGCGUGCAGCUAGACUGCUAACUAUGUGCUAACUUUCCACGUCUAAGGUAUGUUGCCCAGCUACUACUAUUUUAACCCAUAUUCCAUUAUCAUCAAGAUAAUGAAUUGUAUGUUUAUUAAGAGUUAUGCAGAUCUAUUAAGCUCUUAUCAAAUAUCUGAAGGUCAUUAAAGUUUGGAAUAGGCACUUUAAUGACAAAAUUGUUGUGAUGACAGUGGCCAUAGUCAGCCCAUUAGUCAGUUAACGUAGUUAGAUGUUUUGUUUGGCUAUAAGGAAUAAUUAUCUGUGCCUUGGUGCUUGGCUAUUAUCAGUGUGUCACAAUAUGCCAGAAGCAACAAAUCAUUCAAGAUCUUGUCAUAUCUUUCCUAUUUCUUUAUUUAACCUUCUGGACAAACCAGCCUUUCUACUUUUUUCAUUUUACUGACUGCAAUUGCAUUUUUUUAAAGUGAUCUUUGUCCUGUGUCUGAACCUUCAUCCUGCUAGGACUUUCACUGCCACUGGUAUGCUCCUGUGUACAUUUGUGGCAUUACUGUCAUUCAUCUGUCCGUGAGGCCCCUUCAUGUAGCGGCAAAGAAUAUGUAAAAUAAGUUCAUCCAAGGACAGGCUGGGAUUAAUAGCUUGUUCUGCAGAAAUAUGCCUCACUCAAGAGCAUCCCACAUAUUAUUCAUUGUGCCAGUACAGAGGGAACAUUUCCAUGAGUGUAUAAGACAGUUCUUUAAAGGUGGCAGAGGUACAACAUUCCAAGCAUGUUCACAUUGCAAAAAGGAUCUUUCAAUGUCAAACAUCAAUUUCUACCCGUCAUAGACCUCAUUGGUGAGAUGGACUCUCUAAACACAGGGAAAGGUGAGAAUUUGCAAGUGACAGCAGUGACAGUUGAUGGCAAAAUGUUUCUUCUUGGGUGAAACACAUUUGAUAGCUAUGCAGGAGUUAGGAAUCUCACCAUGCAUGUGUGAGAAGAUCCCAUGUAUAUAAUACUAAAUUAUAUAUAACUAACUGAAGAACUAUAUAUAAUAUAAAUAUAACAUAACUAUUGUUACAAAUGAUGAGAAACUUAGUAUGGAUUAAUUUAUGGAUUCGGUGGCAUUGCAGCUGCCAUCAGCACCUUACUUUGUAACCUGCAUAUAAUUAGUCCAAAUUUGUUAAAAUAUUUAUGAAAAGUUGUUGUUUUUUUUAAUCACAUAGAAUCAGUCCCUUUAAAGCGGGAUGUAAUUUAGCAGUACCUGCCAAGCAUCCUGCAUUUGGAGGAUAUUCCCAGAAGGGGACCAGUGUCAUGCUACCAGCCAUUUUUUUUGCACCCCUCUUGUCUGGAAAAUAAUUAUCCAAAAGUGCAUUGAACAGUCAUGAUGAUUUCUAGGGUAGAGGGCAAGUGUCUGUUGGUUGAAAGGAAAUUGAUAAAAAAUAUAUAAAAUUGUGCAGUGAAACUCGGUUCUGUUGCGUGGUGAUCAACUUUAUUUGAAAAAGCAGGGUACCCCUCCCUCCUAAUCCAAUAAAUGUAAAAUAGUCUUGCAUGAGAGUACAAAAUAGGAUCUAUGAACGGUCACAUGAUUUUGUACAUGCAGAUACCAAUGUCAUCACAAGACUGGGAAUGCAGACUAGCAAUGUCAUCGGUUUCUGCUGCACAUCGAAUAAAAGGGGAACCUAGUACUGCCCAUCGAGGAUUGGAUAUAUGUGGCUGUCAAAGCUACUUGAAGCUCCACCCUUUGCCAUAUCUUUCCCAAAACCACGUUUUCUGUAAGGCAAAAUAGUCCCUAGGCUUUUCCUCAGGUAAAUUCUAAUCAUUAAAGCGCACUGUCCCUUUUGAGUUUUCCAUAUAAAUCAAUGACUGCGUUAAAAUGUUCAUGUCUUUGAUUUCUACAGAAAACUCAAAACGGACUGUAAUAUAAGAAUUACACCCUGUUCCAAAUUAUUAUGCAAAUUCUAUUUAAGUGUCACAAAGAUUACAUUUUUUUUAUUUUCAGUUUAAAUCAUGGAUGGCAUUGUGCCUCAGGGCUCUUUUGAUCACUGAAAACAAUCUCGGACACCUGUGAGCCCAAUUUAAGGAAAAACUACUAUAGGAGGGUGUUCCACAUUAUUAAGCAGAGCACCAUUUUCAUGCAAUAUGGGGAGGAAAAAGGAUCUCUCUGCUGCCGAAAAGAGGGAAAUAGUUCAAUCCCUUGGACGAGGUAUGAAAACAUUAGAUAUUUCACGAAAACUUAAGCAUGAUCAUCGCACUAUUAAGAGAUUUGUGGCUGAUUCAGAGCACAGAUGGUUUUGCGCAGAUAAAGGCACAUUGAGGAAGAUUUCUGCCAGAUCCAUUCAUCGGAUCAAGAGAGCAGCUUCUAAAAUACCAUUACAUAGCAGCAAACCGAUAUUUGAAGCUGCUGGUGCCUAUGGAGUCCCACUGACAUCAAGGUGUAGAGUCCUCCAGAGUCUUGCAACUGUGCAUAAACCUUCUAUUCGGCCACAACUAACCAGUGCUCACAAGCAGAAACUGCUGCAUUGGCAGAAAAAUACAUGAAGACUAAUUUUCAAACAGUCCUGUUCACUGAUGAGUGCCGUGCAACCCAGGAUGGUCCAGAUGGAUGGAGUAGUGGAUGGUUGGUGGACGGCCAUCCUGUUCCAACAAGGCUGCGACGUCAGCAAGGCGGUGGUGGGUCAUGAUUUGUGCCGGAAUCAUGGGAAGAGAGCUGGUCGGCCCCUUUAGAGUCCCUGAAGGUGUAAAGAUGUCCUCUGCAAAGUAUGUGGAGUUUCUGACUGACCACUUUCUUCCCUGGUACAGAAAGAAGAACUAUGCUUUCCGUAAUAAAAUCAUCUUCAUGCAUGACAAUGCACCAUCUCAUGCUGCAAAGAAUACCUCUGCAUCAAUGGCUGCUAUGGGGAUAAAAGGAGAGAAAGUCAUGGUGUGGCCUCCAUCCUCACCUGACCUCAAUCCUAUUGAGAACCUUUGGAGUAUCCUCAAGCAAAAGAUCUAUGAGGGUGGGAGGCAGUUUACAUCCAAACAGCAGCUCUGGGAGGCUAUUUUGACAUCUUGCAAACAAAUUCAAGCAGAAACUGUCCAAAAACUCACAAGUUAAAUGGAUGCAAGACUUGUGAAGCUGCUAUCAAAUAAGGGGCCCUAUGUUAAAAUGUAAUGUGACCUGUUAAAAUGUUUAUAAAGUUCAGAUGUUGUUAUGAGUUUGAUUGAAAUAGCUUUUGAUUUCAGUAAAUAUGCUGCAAACACAACAAAUUCCAAUUUUCAGUUUUUUACAACCUAUAAAGUGUUUUGAAACUUACUGUGCGUAAUAAUUUGGAACAGUACAUUGUAAGUUGUUUUUUUUUUCACAUCAGAAUAUGGUAUUCGUUAUUUCAUUUCUUAAGUAAUCGUAAAUGAAGUUGUCAAAUACCAAUCAUAUAUCAUUAUAUGUUUUAUUCAAUUUCUCUUUAACUCUCUAUCCUUAUCCGCUUUAUUUCUGUUUCAUUCUUUUAUCUUAAGACUAUUACAAUUUUAUUAAACAAUCAAAUACAUAACAAACUAACUAACAAACAUUUACUCGGUUCUCGGUGCAAGAAAAAUAAAUAAAUAAUAAGGUCCCUUAUUAGGCUCGAGGGAGGGGGCUCAAACGUUUCCCUAAACAGAUGUAAGCCAUGCGGUUAGAUAAAAAAAAAAAAAAAAUAUAUAUAUAUAUAUACAGAGCAAAUCCACUAUGAAAAGAACGGAUAGUGAGGGAAACUUCCUUAUUCAGGGUCCAAUUUUUUAAUCCAUUUAUCCCUGUAUGUGUAGUAAUGGCCCUUAUUUGGUACCAAAUUAGUAAUGGCCCUUUCCAUUUUCCAUUGAAUAAUUCUUUGAGCAUGGAUCUUAGACCUCUGUCUACCUUAGGGGAUUUCCAAUUCCUGGCUAUUGAGGUUUACACCGCCAUUAGGAUGUGAAAAAUAAUAGGUCUAAAUUCUUUAUUGAUACCUGUCAUAUCCAUAUGUAAUAGGGCCAUAAUUGGGGUCAGCUCAACCCUUAUUUCAAAUAAAACUGAUAAAUAUUGGUUUAACAUAUCCCAUAAAGGUCUAAUAUUUGGACAAUCCCACCAAAUAUGUUUGAAGUCUGCAGUUAGUUCAUUGCAUCUCCAACAAUUUGGUGGGGCUGUAGGAUACAUUAUUGCUAUUUUGUAGGGGGUAUUAUACCAUCUGUUUAGUAUUUUAUAAUGAGUUUCGUGUAUAUUUAGACAAUGACCAACUUUAUAUAUCGUAUUAAGAGAGUUAUUCCAUUCUUUCAUAGUUAUAUCCUUUGCUAGAUCUUGAUUCCAUUUAAUAAUUGCUGAGGGAAUUGAGUCUUGUAAAUAAUUUUUUGGCAUUUUUUUGCCAAGUGGGUAUAGUCUGACUGCUCGUAUAAGUCUGAGAGAAGCUUAACUGAUGGAUCUAGAGGGUUAGAUCUUAAAAAUAUAUUUAAAAAGGAUUUUACCCUAAUAUAAAUAAACCAAUCAUUAGAAGGUAUAUUAUAUUCAGUUUGGAGUUGUUCGUAAGAUUUUACUCUAUUUCCUGUCAUAAGAUUAGAUAUCGUUUUUAUACCUCAUCUGGUCCAGAUUUCUAAAUUUAUAUCUGUCAUUAUAUCUGCCAGUAUACUUAAGUUUAUGCCGGGGAUUAUCUUCUUUUUUAGCCCAAUUUUUUUUUUUUUAAAUAGAGACCAGGUGGGAAAAAUUUGUUGGACUGUCAUUGAUUUUGAAUUUUUAAUACAAUUAUUUGUUUCUUUAUCCAUUGACCAUAGGAGAGUACUAUAGUCCCUGUCUCCCGAGGUCAGAAUCUGUUCACUUUUGUACCAAUAUUCAUUUACAGAGUCUUCCUUAUUUAUCACUAAGACAUUCGCUAAUAUUUUAGCUUGUGCAAUGUCUUGUAUAAUUGGAAUACUCAUACCUCCUUCAUCUUUUUUCCUAGACAUAUCUUUUUUAAUUCUGGGUUUCUUGCAUGCCCAGAUAAAUUUAGUAAAUAAUGUUUGAAUUAAUUCUAACCAACUGUCUGGGAUCUUAAUAGGAAUCAUCAAUAUACGAGAAUUUUGGUACAAUAUAUGCUUUUAAUGUAUUUAUUUUCCGUAACCAGGAGAUUUCCAGAGUUUUCCAUUUCUUUAAGUUAAGAUUUGUUUCUUUAACCCCUUAAGGACCAAACUUCUGGAAUAAAAGGGAAUCAUGACAUGUCACACAUGUCAUGUGUCCUUAAGGGGUUAAUUAAGGGAAGAAUAUUAUUCUCUAACCAUUUCUUUGGAUUUUUGGAAAUUAUUAUACCCAAAUAAUUAAAAUAACUUUUUUCUAUACUAUCAAUUUUAUUUUGGGAUGUAUUUAAAUAUAGCGCUGUAGAUUUCUCGUUAUUUAUCUUAUAAUUAGAGAAGUUGCUAUAAUUUCUGAUAGUAUCAACCACAUGGUCAAUGGAGUACUCAGGUUUCUGGAUAGUUAUCAGUACAUCAUCAGCAUAUAACUUGAUUUUUUGGUUAUUACCUUCUCCAAAUCCUUUAAUUCCAUGAUUAGAUCUUAUAUCUACUGCCAGGGGUUCAAUUGAUAAUAUAUACAGUAAUGGUGAUAAGGGACAUCCCUGGCGUGUACCAUUGGAAAUUCCAAACCAUUUUGACUUAAUUCCAGGCCCCACGGUUCUACCUUGGGGAUCACUGUAUAGGGCCAUUAUUGCACUAAGUAUCUCACCCAAGAACCCGAAUGAUACUAGGGACUCUCUGACAAAAGCCCAGCUGACCCUGUCUGCAUCCAAUGACAGGGUCAGCAUGGGUAUACACUCCUCUCUAGCUUGUUCCAGCAUCCCUAUCAUAUUUCUUAUAUGGUUAGUAGAGAGUUGUCCCGGGAUAAAUCCCACCUGUUCUCUAUGUAUUAUAUGGGUGACUACUCAUUUGACUCUAUCAGCCAAUAUUCCCGCAGAUACCUUGAUGUCUGUAUUUAAGAAAGAGAUCGUCCGAUAGCUCUCUACAUUCUCUGGGUUCUUACCAGGUUUUAAUAUUGGGGCAAUAUUGCCUUUGAGCAUUUCCUGUGGGAUUUUGUUUUUUAAUAUAAAUUCAUUAAAAGUAGUCUCUAAAUAUGGGGAUAUUUCUUUUUUAAGUAAUCUAUAGAAGAUCCCUGUAAAUCCAUCUGGACCUGGCGCUUUAUUUGGCUUCAAAGUCUCUAUACGAGUGUAUAUUUCUUGUAAAGAUAUUGGGGCAUUCAAUUUUUUCAAUUGGGAAUCUGAGAUCUUUGGUAAAAUCUUAUCUUUAAAAUAGUCUUCUGGGUCAGAUUGAUUGUGCAGUAAAUUAUAUAAUGAAUGGUAGUAAUCAUUGAAGGCCCUUCUUAUUCUCUCUGGGGAUAAGCAGGUCUCACCUUUAUAUGUAAUUUUAGAGAUUUUUUUUGUUUAAUUUCUUUCUUGAGUCUGUUGGUUAAUAAUCUAUCUGCUCUGUGUUUUACUAACCUUCAUUAUUAAUAAUUCAUUAAUCCUAUUUUGUAGCAUAGAAAUUCUAUUCGACCGCUGCAUUGUAAGUUUUUUAUGUUUAAAAAAAAUACUGUUAUCAUUAAGAGGUUUGUUCAAUAAAAUUUGAAUUGUACUCUUAAUAGUUGAUAACAUGAGAAUUAUGCUGAAUGUUAUUUACAUCAAUUAUUUAGGUAAAUGAGAAAAAUAUCAUUUGCAUAAUAAUUUGGAACAGGGUGUAUAUGAAUAUUGCUUAAGGGCAACCCUGUUAUAGUGUAUAAAUAGGUAAAUGAGGGACAAUGUAACACAUUCCUUGUUUUGCGUUCCUAAUAUUUCUUCUUAUAAUUGUAUCUGAAUUAUAUUAUGAAAUCGCUAAACUGGUUGGAAAGGUAGUUGAUACCUGGAAUUAAUAAACUCUAGUAAAGCUAUUAAACAGGUUGCCAGUGUUAGCUCAUACAUAGGCACUUUAUCUCUUGGGAGCUUUAUUUUCACAUCCAUAAAAUUAGCAGAAAAUUGAUUAGACAUACACCAUGGAUAACAUAAGCUCCAAUUCUUUUUUUUGGUGUUUUAGAUUAGUCUAUUACACAAUCUUUGUUACUGACUUUGUAGUGUUAGUUACUUACUGUUUCUAAAGUGCAGUUCAGUGAGUGUGCAAUUAAUAUCACACGGUAAAUGAACCAGUCUGCUGUUAAUUAUUUUAUUUGUAAACAUUGAUCACAACAUUAAAACCACUGACUGGUAAAGUGAAUAACAUUUAUUAUACUUUUACAAUGUCAAGAGGUGAGAUAUUUGAGGCAGCAAGUGAACAGUCAGUUCUUGAAUUUCAUGUGUUGGAGGAAAAAUGGGCAAGUGGAAAGAUCUGAGUGACUUUGACAAUGGCUAAAUAGUGCUGACUAGACGACUGGGUCAGAGUAUCUACAAAAUGGGACGACUUGUGGGGUGUUCCUGGUAUGCAUAUCGCAGUAACAGAAAUUGUGCAAGGAAAGACAACUGGUAAACUGGCAUCAGGGUCAUUGGUGCCCAAGGCUCAAUGAUGCACUUGGGGAGCAAAUGAUAAAUUGUCUGGUCCGUUAACACAGAUGAGCUAUUGUAGUUCGAAUUGGUGAAAAACUUAAUGCAGGCCAUGAUUAAAAGGUGUCAGAACUCAGAGUGCUUUGCAGUUUGCUUUGUAUGGGACUGGGUAGACAAAGAAAGAAGUAUGAACUAUGGGAAGAUGGCAGGCCCGCAGAGGCAUUGUUCUGGUGGAAAGCCUUGCGUCCUGGUAUUCACGUCGAUGUUACUUUUUUUAAGAAAUGGCAGUGUCUUACAUUGUCAGGCAAGAGACAAGGUCUCUUGCACCAAAGCGACUACAUUAAGAUGUAUUGGUUUUGUUGCUUAUAGUGUAUUUUUAAUGCAUAUUUUAUGAAAUAGAAAAAAUUGCCCAUGUCUAUGCUUUAAAUACAUGGUCUCACAAUUCGCGUAUGAAAUAAUGGGCACACCAUGAAAAAAUUUACAACAAUACACACAAACAUAAACUUAUGUCUGUGGUUCAUGUGCUAAAAUAGAUGUCAUGGAUGACAACCUCAUCAGACAGAAGUAGACAAUUCAUAGUCUUCUAGUAAGAGAUAAAUUGUGCAAAUAUUACAAGCACGAACUUGAGCAGUGUUUCUUAUCAGAAUGGUACCUGUGUUUGUGCUUGGCAUGUGUGAAUAGCUCCCCCAUGCAUUGACAGUAGGUAACACUGUAACUUAUUCUGAUGCCUUUCAAUCAAAAUCGGUGAGGUAAGGGAGGAGUAAACGUAAAACAUGAUUUUUAUUAUUUUUUUUUUACUAUUCUGCAUUGUAUAUUUUCCAUGUAUAUAAAUAGUGAUUAUAGUUUGUUUUUUUCCUUUUUCUCUCCAUAUUCUCAAUAACUGUAACAGGACCUAUAACCGCAGCUAUAAGCCUAUUCCAACCACUUAACCCAUUGCCGCCUGAAUCCAUCUUGGGUUACAGAGUGCACACACUAGGUCAACAUGUCCCUGUACCUCCUCCACUGGCAUGACUGUGUCCAUCUGGAGAACACUGUGCACAGGCCAAGUCACAAAACUAAGAAUGAGACUGUCGGUAAAUUGGCGAAUUGGUGGCAACGGCACAGCUGCUGUAAGCUUAUUCACUGUUCCACUCGUCCUUUGAUGAAUGGAAUUACUGCCUGGGGAUGAACUAUAUACCACAUAAUCCCUUGCUGUAAAGGAGUUCAUGGGAUACAGCAGCCCGUGGGUGUACUUGCUUUUACUUCAUUUCUACUUGCUGUGUGGACAUUGACUCUCCAAAUGGUGCCUUCCUACGUGUUCACUGCUUGCAAUAAAUUUGACAUUUUACAAAAAUACGAAUCCUUUGCAGAUAUUUGGGUCAGUGGUUCUUAACCCUUGAGUCCAGACUGGGGUUCCCUGAGUGAUUUUUAAUGGGUCUUCAUUACUUGGAACUUCUUCAUCUAUUCAUCGUGCCCCAGGAAAACUUACAUCAAUAGAUUACAUUUUGAAACAAGCCUUCUAGGUGCCAUUUAAACCUUUGACAUGGACAAGAGUCUAACAAAUGGUGUUUUGCAAAGUUAAUUUAGUAGACAUUAUAUUGCAUAUGGGCAAUGGGUCACUGAGCUAAUUUUACAAUGGAAGAGUGCAUCGCCAACACAAUUCAACAUGCGCUGUUUGAAACAAUGUCAAAAAAGGUUAAGAACUACCUCAAAAAGUAAUACUUUAAAACAUUCAUUCUUAAAUUUCAGUCAAAUUAAUUAUUUCCUGGGAAAGUUGCAAGAAACUUAAAAAACAGCUUUUAAAAAAAGUGAACGAUACCGCAAGACACCAAACACUUCCGCAAUGUAACACGCUUAUGUAUACCGUCUACGACUUCAGCAGCUUUUAUGGCACAUUAUGCUACAUAGUAACUCAGCAGACAUGGUUUUCAGUGUGACAAGUCAAGUGCCUGUUCAGAAUCUUUUGUCACAUUGUAACUACUUGAAGUGUCAUGUUCAAGAACAGAGCGUCUAUAAAGCAGAUUAGUGAUGGCUCCCAUGUGUAUUGUUUGAGGUUUUCUGAAUCAGCAGGAUGGGCUCACAGAGAGAUUGUAUACACCACUCACUCAUUCAGACACCAGGCAGUUACUUCAUCAUCCACAUCUUUAACUUUAAAAUCAAGUGUCUCCAGCUUUUUAUUGUUUAAUACCUUAAAUCCAACUCAAUCUACUUAAGCUUUUUGGCUAAUGCCACUCAGUUUAAGGAUACAUGGGUUUUUAAAGAAAUAUAUACAAUAUGGGCAAAGUUAUUGAAGCAUUGGACAGGUGACAUGCGUUUGCAUGUUUAUAUUAAAGGAAUAAUCUUUAAGUCUUCACUCAGGUUGUGCCUGUCACUGUCUCCCUGUUUAUAUUGUGUUAUAAUUGCAGGCAUUUUAAAAAAUCACUGUAACUAUAAACCUAGGCUUAAUGAAGCGGUUUUGGUGUAUGGAUCAUGCCCCUGCAGUCUCAGUGAUCAAUUAUCCGUUUUUUUAUGAGUUAAAUCACUUUGUUUAUACAGCCCUGGUCACACCUCCCUGCAUGUAACUUGCACAGCCUUCCUAAACACUUCCUGUUAAGAGAAAUCUAAUAUUUAAACUUCCUUUAUUGUACAGCCGGUUUAAUUUAGACUUUAUCUCCUGCUCUGUUAAUAGAAUUCUAGACCUUGCAGGAGCCUCCUGUGUAUAAUUAAAGUUCCUUUUACAGAGCAGGAGAUAAAAACUUCUAAAGUAAGUUAAAGUCUAAUUGAAAAUGAAACCAUUUUUUUUUCAUGCAUGGUUGUGAGUCACAGCCAGUGGAGGUGUGGCUAGGGCUGCAUGGACAGAAACAUACGUGAUUUAACUCCUAUAUGGCAGAGAAUUGAGCAGUGAGACUGCAGGGGCAUAAUCUAUUCUCAAAAACUGCUUAAUUAACCUGCCUAUAGUAUCCCUUUAAUUCUGCUUAAAUAUAUAUUUGUACUGUUUGAAGAGGAUGUACAACAGGAGCUAUAGUUAAGCCAUUAGCUUGUCCUCAUUCUACAGUUGAACUCUGGCAGUUGUACACUUGCCAGAAAAUCUUGCUAUGCAAAGAUUUAUAAGGUAAUCGCAGUGCUACCUUAGAAGAUUAUGGGAUUGUGGAGAUUGGCGGAGGACACAGAAUGCAGAGCUACAAAACGUAGAUAUUCACAGCUAAUUUUGGAACUUCAACUGAGAAUAUACAUGUUGUUUGUUUUUACAACUAUUACAGCACAUUUUCAGUAAAAUACUUUUAAAAAAGACCUGAUACCAAAGUGAAUUGUUUAUACAGUUGAAAAGUAAAAUGUAUAGACCUAGACUGUUAUUGGUAUAAUAUGUAAUGCAUACUUAUAUUGGUGAGAUUACUGUAUGGGUGGUAAAAGAUAACUAUUUCUAUCCAUGGUAUAUGUUUACCUAUUAAAAUAGUUAAUGUCUCACUUGGAAUGGCUUUUUGCAUUUAUUCAUCCUAUCUGUGCUCACCUUUUUGAUUAUUUGGUUAAAGGGACACUGUAGUCACCAGAACAACUACAGCUUAUAGUAUUUGUUCUGGUGAAUAUAAACAGUCCUUUCAGAAUUUUUGCAGUAAAUUACUGUUCUGUUCAGAGAAAAUGCAAUGUUUAAAUUGCAGCCUAGGGAUAACUCCAAUGGCAACUCCUUAGAUAGCUACUUUAGGUGCUUCCUGGGGCAGUGCUACACAGUGUGCAGCACCGACAUUCAGUGUCUCUACCCUCUGCAUGGAGACACUAAACUGUUUUCUCAUAGAGAUGCAUUGAUUCAAUGUAUCUCUAUGAGAAGAUGCUGACUGGCCAGGGCUGUGUUUGAUUUGUGCUGGCUCUGCCCCUGAUCUGCCUACUUGACAUUCUCAGCCAAUCCAAUGCUUUCCUAUGGGAUUGUCUGAGAAUAUCACUUUUGAUGAUGUCAGCCAGAGAGGCAAAUCAGGGACAGAGCCAGCACCAGCAGACUGGAAUAAAGGUAAGAUUUUACUAUAUUUAGGGUGGCAAGGGAUGGUGGUAUCAACACUAUAGGGUCAGGAAUACAUGUUUGUGUUCCUGACCCUAUUAUGUUCCUUUAAAUGUUCAUUUGGUGUUCGGAGGCUGUCUUUUUUGUUUGGGCAUGACUUUGUACACAAUUUAAAUAUUAUAUGGUUUUCUAAGAAAUAUACAUACUUUUGACUGCAUUUUUACCUGCUACAACCUUUUCUGAAAAGUUAUUCUCAUUUUAAAAAUAAAUAAAUAAAAUACAUAAAUAGAAAGUAGCAUGACUUCCAUUUAGAAUAUAACACAUUUUAUUAGUACAUGAACAUUGAAUCAAAUUAUAUAAAUUUAAACAGAUUCUUUAUUUGUUCAAUCUUUACAAACCUGUUUUGAGAAGGAAGUAUUAGUGACACAGCUUCCUGAAAAUACCAUGGGAUUAAAACAAAAUAAAAAUACUAUUAAUGGCCACAAAUAGUAAGUACAGUUUAACCAAGUAUCUGUACUAAAAAAAUCAACUCUCCAUUAACCAUGGCAAGUAAAAAUGCAUCAUCAUCUUUUUGUUAAAGGAACACCAUAGUGUUAGGAAUACAAAUAUGUAUAUGUAAGGGUUAAAAAGGUGAGUUUAUUUCCAUUUUCUCCCUCACAGAGCUGGCCCUUGGGUGCCACUCCACCUUUUUGGCUGAGAUCAUUGAGAGGAAAGCAUUGGGAGGCUUGAGCGCAUGUGUAGUACCCUGAUGCGCUACGCCAAUCAAAUGUGAUUUAUGAGACCAUCUGACUUAAAUUGUGGAGUUUUGAAGUGCUUCUAGUGGCUGUCAGUAUGUAGGCUAACCCUGCAAUGAAAUAAUUGCUGUUAAAACGAUAGGGGGACAUGGCAUCCAGACCACUUAAUUGAGAUAAAGUGGACUGGGGGUAUAUAGUGUUUCUUUAAAGCAUCAUGGAUGCAUUAAAUAGCUAGUUCCAUGGCAACAUGAAACUAUUUUUAUUCAGUAACCUCCCUCAUCAAGUAAAAGAAUAUUUACUAGAUAGUGUACCACUUACGUGAGAUCUGAGAGAGAGAAAAAAAACCAACAAAGUGACACAACCCAAUUUCUGUUCCCAAUCCACUAAUAUGUAUGUAUUUUCUCUAGCUACUCCCAAUAAGUAUCUGUUAAAAAUAAAUACAUAUGUCUUGCUUGUUUUCGUUCUUCAGUAACAGAAACAUGGCCAAACAGAAGUUUAUAAAAAAAAUAAUUAAAAAUUCACCCUCCAAAAAACAAAAUAAUAAUUCAAACCCAUUUUCGAUGUACCUUGUAGUAUGGGAUAUUAUUUAUGUUCAAUUUAGUAUUUUUUAUUUUAAAUUCCACACAUAUUUAAGGUAUGCUAAAUAAUUAUAAUUUGAGGGAGGAAAAUAUUUUAUACAUACAUUAAACGUAAAAUGUGAUAUAAAUAUAUAGAAACAUAGAAACAUAGAAUGUGACGGCAGAUAAGAACCAUUCGGCCCAUCUAGUCUUCCCAAUUUUCUAAAUACUUUCAUUAGUCCCUAGUCUUAUCUUAUAGUUAGGAUAGCCUUAUGCCUAUCCCACGCAUGCUUAAACUCCUUUACUGUGUUAACCUCUACCACUUCAGCUGGAAGGCUAUUCCAUGCAUCCACUACCCUCUCAGUAAAGUAAUACUUCCUGAUAUUAUUUUUAAACCUUUGUCCCUCUAAUUUAAGACUAUGUCCUCUUGUUGUGGUAGUUUUUCUUCUUUUAAAUAUAGUCUCCUCCUUUACUGUGUUGAUUCCCUUUAUAUAUUUAAAUGUUUCUAUCAUAUCCCCCCUGUCUCGUCUUUCCUCCAAGCUAUACAUGUUAAGAUCCUUUAACCUUUCCUGGUAAGUUUUAUCCCGCAAUCCAUGAACCAGUUUAGUAGCCCUUCUCUGAACCCUCUCUAAGGUAUCAAUAUCCUUCUGAAGAUACGGUCUCCAGUACUGUGUACAAUACUCCAAGUGAGGUCUCACCAGUGUUCUGUACAAUGGCAUGAGCACUUCCCUCUUUCUACUGCUAAUACCUCUCCCUAUACAACCAAGCAUUCUGCUAGCAUUUCCUGCUGCUCUAUUACAUUGUCUGCCUACCUUUAAGUCAUCAGAAAUAAUCACCCCUAAAUCCCUUUCCUCAUAUAUAAUAUGUAUAGUUUUUGCCAGAUUAUUAUGUGAUCAUCCCUUCACUUCUGCCAAAUGCGAGCGUAGUAGUGUUUCUCAUGAAAAACAGAUAUGUGACCUGGUUAGAUCUGAGGGUCUUUUUAGUAAAACACGAGAAGUAUGGGAAAAUCUAGAAGCAGUUUACUUUUUAUGGCAAGCCUUUUCAAAGACAUGUUUUUGUGUUUUGUUUGUCUUCUAGUACUUUAGCAACACUACAAGUACUGUAGUCAAAUGUUCCCUUUCUGAAACUGUCCUUUUUGUGUAUUUUUUCAAAUUGUGUAACAAGGGAUUACAUAUGUUUUUCCUUCUUAUUUUGUGAAGGAAAAUGAGAAUAAAGCAAAACAAAAAGUAAAUUUUUCUGUAUUUUUUUUUUUAUCCAGGUAUAUUUUAGAUAGUAAAAUAGAAAACCUAAUCAAAGUUAUUUACUAAAGGCAGAAUAAAAAGUGAAUUUUAUAUUUAAAACCAUAGUGUCUGGAGUGAAAGCAUUGCAGUCUUAGAAAUAUUUCCAGGUUGGCUAUUUAGGCAUCAAAUUUUUUUAAUUUACUGCGAAUUCUUACCAUAGCAAAUAACCCUUAAAUUCUGGAAACUUUUGUUUGUAUGAUUUUGAAAAAGUAUUGGUUCAUGCACGGUUUGCUCUACCUUAUCAUAAAGUAACAAUUUUCUUUCUGGGCGGUGUAUUUUUGCACAUUUAAGCAAAAAAUAAUUUAUUUUAAAGAGUAUUUUUUUUUUUUGAAAAAAGAGACAACACCCUCACCCACCCAAAAACACAACAAUAAAAUAAUAUGUUUUUUGUGAUCUCUGAAAGAAAAAAUAAACAAACAAAAAAAAAACAACCUAAAAAUUCUGUUUUAAUGAAGACACAAGAAAUUCCUAAAUUAACUUUGACACACUUGUGACAAUGCUUGGAAGAGGCUCGGCAGCUACAGGGUUAAUUAAUUGACCUGCCUGGUGCUGCUAAGAUAUCAACUGCCAAAACUCCAGGCUAGCUAUUAUUAAUUUGUGUUAAGAAGAUAAGCUAAACAAAUAUGAUAACAAUCAGUGUAAAGCUGGCCAGUCUUUAUGUGAUCUAUGAAAGUGUAAAGAAAUUUAAAUUCACUUUAAGAUAUAGCUUUCCUAUAAGAUGGUCAAUCACUGGGUUUAUCACUAAGCAGGGAAUUGCCACAAUUUCACUGGCAAUAUUGGUACAGUUCUCCAGACUUCAGCUAUUUUGCAUUGGUAUUUGCUAUUCUGCAGUCAAUUACUAAGAAUGAGUUGUUUAGUAAAUAGCCCUUUUUCUUGCUCUGCGAUAUAUUACUGGCCUCUAUGGCAGGGACAGGGUUAAUGCGAAUGCCUCUGGUGCUAACAUUCUGUCCUCACGCCUCUGAUUAAUGCUUCAUGUCAAUUAUUUACAGACCCAGUCUUGCUGUGGAAGUUCCCCGAGGAUUUCUCCGACCAGGUUGGUAACAUCACAGAGAGGUUUGAUUUUGUUAACAUUAAAAUCCCAGCAUGGAACGGUGAAUGUAAUGAUGUGUACAGCCUGCAGCUUCUGCCAGGAUCCCUGGAGUGCCGCCACGAAUUGGGUGUUGCACGUACAUAAUGAUAUAUAUAUGAGUGUGCACAGAAUACACAGUGCGAUACAUAGAUAUAAACAGUUAUUUGUAAAUACACACACACAAACACACAUUUACUGACCCAUAGAGACUUUGGAGAAAAACUCACACUGGUUUAUAAAAGACACAAUUUUAUUGUAAAAAAAUGCCAUAAAAAUAUUGCUACAGCUGUUUAUAACUAUUACUACAUGCUCUAUUCAGUUUUUGCGUUAUCAGCAAUUUUUGCAAGUUGUUUUAUUUUCUCCAAAAGAAAAAUAUCAAAUAUUGUACAACAAUAGUGUGUGCGCAUGCGAGUGUGUGCAUCUAUUAUACAUCUUGUGUAUGUGCACAAGUCUGUCUGUCAGUGUCAGUUGGUCUGUGGCAUUUGUUUGCUGUGCCAGUGUUUUACUGUCUGAGCUCACCGGUGGUUACAUUUGGUAGGAGUGAGAUAGGGAACAUGCAAUCUCUGGAAUGCUAGUUAAUAGGGACAGAAAAUAAUCCAAUAAAAUAAAUGCUUUGAAAUAAUGCAAAAAAAUAUGUAUUAUAAAAAAAAAAAAAUGCAGAGCAGUGUAGAAUGUGUUAUGGUUAUACAGUAUAUCAGAAUCCUAGAAUGUUUCCUAAACCUUGGAUCUUGUGAUGUUGCAACUGACAGAUCAUGUUUUAAAAUCCUGUUCGGCUUGGUGACUCACUUGACUGACAUGCAGAGCUGCACUGGAACAUACAGGUCACAGGUUGCCUGAAAGUGUUGAGAGUUACACUCCCAUGCAGCAGCUGUUAUCCAGUUUCUCUCCCAAAAGUGAUGUGCUGGAGAGGGGCUGAGUAGACAAUGGCAGUUUGAAUUUGUCUGCUCAGCUCCUCUCCUUUCAUAUCAUUAGCUAGGUAGUGGCUUAAAGGACCACUAUAGUGCCAGGAAAACAUACUCGUUUUCCUGACACUAUAGUGCCCUGAGGGUGCCCCCACCCUCAGGGUCCCCCUCCCACCGGGCUCUGGGGAGAGGAAGGGGUUAAACUUACCUCUUUCUCCAGCGCCGGGCGGGGAGCUCUCCUCCUCCUCUCCGCCUCUUCUCCUCCUCUUUGGCUGAAUGCGCAUGCGCGGCAGGAGCUGCGCGCGCAUUCAGCCAGUCUCAUAGGAAAGCAUUCAUAAUGCUUUCCUAUGGACGCUUGCGUCUUCUCACUGUGAUUUUUCACAGUGAGAAGCACGCAAACGCCUCUAGCGGCUGUCAAUGAGACAGCCACUAGAGGCUUUAGAGGCUGGAUUAACCUAUUUAUAAACAUAGCAGUUUCUCUGAAAAAAAAAGGGUUAACCCUAGCUGGACCAGGCACCCAGACCACUUCAUUAAGCUGAAGUGGUCUGGGUGCCUAUAGUGGUCAUUUAAUUAAGGAUAGCAGAUGCUAUGUCGGAGUAUAACUCCCAUCAAGGGGACAUGUAUGCCCCAUUCUACCGUAAAGUUGAACAAAAUCUAGUCCUCACUCUAGCUAAAAUAUUAUGUUAUCUGAAAACACACAGCUUAAUGCUUCCAUUGUAUGAAAUCUGCUUGCGCCAUCCUUCAUUAUGUAUUCUUCAUGAGGAUCCUUUGUAACGCUCAAACACCUUCAUUGCAGCCUUGAUUUCAAACUUCAAGAGGGCAGAUGAUACACUUUAGGUUCACAGUCAAUAAUGACCUGUCAGAACCAUAGAUAUGAUGAACGAUACAUUACAUUACCGCAGGCACAGGACAAAUUAAAUGGUUUAUUUCUGGUAAGGAAACACGUGGGAACAAAAUCAUUAUAUUCUGAACGGGCUUGUGUUCCUAAAUAGGCAGUUGCAGAGGAAACUGAACAGUACCUGGCUUCUGAUAUGGAGCAGGAUACACUGAAGGUGGAUUUAAAGACUUGUUAACUAGCGCUUGUAUUUGUUUCUGAUGGGAUGAUUUGGCAAUCUGUGACCCUCCAUCAAUUUCUGAAUACAGCUCAUAUUUCCUCAAGCCAUCCUUAUAUAUCUCACUGCCUCAAAAUAUAGCAAAAGCUUAUAUAUAGAGAGAGUUACAACUAUUUAUACAGAUCCAAAAUAUCUGUCCUUGUUUAAUGGAAGAUAUCACAAGGGAUCUUUGGGGGAGAAAUAGACACCAAGAAAAUAUAAUUUUGAAAAUAUAAUAUAAUUUUAAACCUACCGGCUCUUAGUGGGCCUGAUUUGUUUAAAGAUGAAAGAUAUAAUUGGAAAAAACAGUCAUUGAGACCCUGAGCAGUGGCCAAAAGGAACCCAGAAUAGGGUUUAUAUUUGUGGCCAUAGGCAACAUGAAUAUAAUAAGAUUCAUAUUGCUUAGACUCCUUUUCCUUAUUCCAGACAGGCUUUUGAGCAAAUAUGGCCUUGGUUUUAAUAUUUGUGUACACUAUUUUUUAUUGGUUUAAUAUUCUGAAAAAUAUUAAAAUUUUGUAAUAUUUAGAUUUAUUUAUAUAUUGAUGUAUGUUUUUAUAUAUAUGGUUUCUUUUUUUUCAUGUUACUAUGCUGAAAAAAAGUUUUAAUCAUUUGGAAAGCUAAUCCAACACAAUUUCAAUCAAGACCUACAUGUAGCACCAUGUGGUUUUAAAACAGGCCACUUCCAUUAGUAUUUUUAGCUUACAAAUCCACAAAAUAAUAAAUGCUGUAACUUUCUAAACCUCUGCAUUUCUAAGGUUACAGCAGUCCAGUGUUUAUAGAAGCAUGUUGUUGUCAAUAUGUCACCAAGCCACUAUAGCAGAUCAUCCCCCUUCUAUAGGUAAAGGUGCACCCGGGUCCACCGAGCUCCCAGUGUCUGUCAGUCCUUUGCAGACAUAGCAAUAACUAUUUAAGUAUUUUAUUAUUUUUGCACUUUCUUUUGACUUUUAUAUUGUAAUUGGGUGCAGUCAUACCUAAAACUACCUUGCUGCCUUUCAACAGGCCUGGUUUUGGGUUACGGGAGAUUUGAGGUUUUUCUCAAACAUCUGUAAAACUGUUUAACAAAUAUCUAAGUGGCUGCAGCCAUCGUCUCCUUGCACCACAGACACUACAGAUAAGCAAUAUUGGUUAUGAUGCUGAAUGUCCCUUCGAUGAUAUUCGCUCUGCAUUAAAGGAACACUAUAGUCACCUAAAUUACUUUAGCUAAAUAAAGCAGUUUUAGUGUAUAGAUCAUUCCCCUGCAAUUUCACUGCUCAAUUCACUGUAAUUUAGGAGUUAAAUCACUUCGUUUCUGUUUAUGCAGCCCACACCUCCCCUGGCUAUGAUUGACAUAGCCUGCAUGAAAAAAAAACUGGUUUCACUUUCAAACAGAUGUAAUUUACCUUAAAUAAUUGUAUCUCAAUCUCUAAAUUGAACUUUAAUCACAUACAGGAGGCUCUUGCAGGGUCUAACAAGCUAUUAACAUAGCAGGGGAUAAGAAAAUCUUAAUUAAACAGAACUUGAAAUAAAGAAAGCCUAGAUAGGACUCUCUUUACAGGAAGUGUUUAUGGAAGGCUGUGCAAGUCACAUGGAGGGAGGUGUGACUAGAGUUCAUAAACAAAGGGAUUUAACUCCUAGAUGGCAGAGGAUUGAGCAGUGAGGCUGCAGGGGCAUGUUCUAUACACCAAAACUGAUUCAUUAAGCUAAAGUUGUUCAGGUGACUAUAGUGUCCCUUUAAAUCUAGCUCAAUUAACGUGACAUCUAUACUGCAGACAUCAAUUCUACAACUAUAGUUACAGUUGACACCUACAUGUCUUAUGGAAGGAAACUAAGGGACUUCUUCCCCAGGCUGUGAAUUAUGGUUAGGUAAGUGAAUUGGUGACAGAGUUGCUAACUGAAAAUACCUAAGUUGGACACCAACUCUGCAAUUUUGUCUUAAAUAUGCCUGUGCUUUGAUGUCAACUCACCACUGAUCAAUGUUGAUCAAGGUUGAACAAACCCCUUAAAAUGUAAAUUCACUUGAAUGCUAUUUUUUUUUUCUAAUCGCUUAGUAGAAUAGUGAACUGUAUAUUUAAGAGAAAUAAAAUAACCAGACUCGCUCAGCUAACGUUGCAAUAAAUUGCAUCUCACUGACUUCGACUGUGAGCUGCCAGCGGGGAGGUUCCACACCUUGCAAUGGGAAAGAAAAAAAAAACAGAAGAAAAAGCUCUGAAAAUCUAAAAAGUGCUUCAACAGACUAAAUAUACUAAAAUAAUAACUUUUCAUCCAUUAACACUGCAUGUAUACACAGGGCGACAAACCGAAAGGCAGCUUGAUACAUAGACCUAUAUAGACUUAUUUAUAGACAUGUGUUUUUUCUUUUUGGAUUGUUUUUUCCUUUGUGGUUAAUGACAUAUUUUGGUUCUAAUAAAUGUCUUGGAAAAUGUAAAUGUAGAAAAGCCAUCAAAAGGAUACAAAUAAAACAUCCCACUCAAACAAAACAAAAAAGCGUUACUACACAAUUUUUCAGUUGGUUCCACCUUUAAAAUUAAGUUUUUUUAAAUCUUUGAAUUUUGACAUUGACCACACAUUAUUGCACUAGAAAUGGUUAUGAUUUUCAUAGUUUUAGCGACUCAAUUUCCUGAACUGGGAGAGCUGAAUCCACUGCUAGGCUUAAUAAGAAAAUGUGAGUUUGCACACUUAAAUGCACAACAUUCCGCCUGGGGCUGCCCCUGAGUUUGCCGCCCCUGUCUCAACCCACAUCAUGUCCGCUGCACUCGCGGAUGUCUGUGGCUGCACCAGACAUACGUCUUUUAAGUACUUAACGCCUCUAGCCCAACAAAACAACCUUUUCAAGCUUUUUUUAAGAUAUACACCCAAAGAAUACAUGCAUGAAAAAUGAAUUGUCAUUUAUUUGGGGCAUAUCUCCUAAACAGUGAAUUUAUUGGGAUGGGGCUAGCCCAUUUGGGCAGAGUGUUCCAUUAAAUAAUUGUUACUGAAGCGCUUCAGUAUAUUUAACUUUUUAUUUGUAUGAAAGGAAACGCGCUUAUUGAAUUUAAUUUUACAUACACAUUUUAAAAACAAUAUACUUUUAUUUUUUGGAAGGAAGGGAGGGUGAGUGUGAAGGGGGGCUGUGGAAGGUGCAGGGACGGACUAGGAUUUGUGCAGGGAGGGAGGGGGGCAGUGCCUGGGAUUCAGGGAAGAGAGGGAAUAUGUGCAGGAGAGGGAUUGGGAGAGGGGAUCUCUGCAGGGGAGGGGGGAUCUGUGCAGGGGAGGAUGGGGGAGGGAUCUGUGCAGGAAUGAUGGGAGAGGGAUCUGUGCAGGGGAGGGAGGAGGAGGGAUCUGUGCAGGGAGGGAGGGAGAAGGGAUCUGUGGGGAGGGGAGAGGGGAUCUGUGCAGUGGAGAGAGGGGAGGUAGGGGGAGUAGGGUAUGUACAGGGAAGUGAGGGGGACGGUUAGGUUGCAGAGAAGGCAGGGAGAAAUGGGUUCUGUGCAGGGGAGGGAAGAAUAUGGGGAUGUGUGCAGCGGAGGGAGGGAGAGAGGGGAUCUGGGCAGGGGAGAGAGGGGAUGUGUACAGGGGAGGCCCCCCGCCCCCAAAUGUGCCAUCUGGAGCGGACCCCCCCACUCCCCACUUGCUACGCCACUGGUCCAAUCUGUACUGUAAUAUAAUGAAGUGUCCUAAGAGGCAUUGAGACUAACAUUAACAGAAUUGUUUACUAAAGUGAGGAUAGCUGUGAAUUUAGAUUUAAAGGUACACUAUAGUCAUCAAAACAACUUCAGGUUAAUGAUUCAGGUUUGGUGUAUAGAUCAUGCGGCUCAAUUAUAUGGCAUUUAUGAGUUAAAUCACUUCGCUUAUGCAGCCCUCGUCACACUUCCCUGCAUGUGACUUAAUAGAUACUUCCUGUAAAGUGAGAUCUAAUAUUUACAUUUCCUUAUUGUGCAUUCUUAAUUUAGUUUCUCCUGUACUGUUAAUAGCUUGCUAGACAUUUGAGGAGCCUCUUGUGUGUGAUUAAAGUUCAAUUUACAGAGCAGGCAACAAAAACUUCUAAAGCGAGUAAAGGUCUGAAUGAAAAUGAAACAUUUUUUCUCACGCAGGCCAUGUGAGUCACAACCAGGGGAGCUGUGGCUAAUGCUGCAUGGACAGAAACAAAAGUGAUUUAAUUUGUAAAUGGCAGAGAAUUGAGAAGUGAAACUUCAGAGGCAUAACUUAUACACAAAAAUUGCUUCAUGAAGCUAAAGUUAUUUUUGUGACUAUAGUGUCCCUUUAAGGCUAGAAUAGGCCAAACUAAAAAAUAAAAUUGACUUAGAUAAUUUUCAUAAUUUGUCUGUUUUUGGCCAAGUUUUGAAAUUCACUUUGAUUUCACUUUGAAUUUCCAGCAAUUCUCAUUUCACUGCGUUAUUUCUCAAGUGUAUGGCUACGCACUAAUUAAAACAAUUCACUGCAGUGUGCAGCCUCCUACACAACAAUGUGUGCUGCUGGCAUUUUUAGCUGUGAAAGUCACUGAAGGAAGUGAGAGAAACACAAUAGAGGAUGUAAAAGGGCUCACUGACUAACAAAUAAUGAACCAAAAACUGAAUCGCAAACUUUACUCUAAAACAGUCUGCGUUUUUAGCAUUGUUUUCUCAAUUGUCUAGUUUUGCUUAAUUUUGGCAGUUCAGUUCUCACUUACUUCUUUACAGGUUGAGGUUUGGUGAAUUAACCCACAGUGAUUCCACCAAGCAAAUAGUUUAAUAUAUAUUGUGGUUUACAAUUCACUGCAGGUGUAAAACAAAGGUAGAUCCCCAGAUGUUGCAAAACUACAACUGGUACGAUGGGUAUUCAUGCUUCUAUGCAAACAAUAUGAAUGUAUUUGUGAAUGAGAUCAGCAGUAAUUUUUUGAGACUGUUCCCAUUUUGUUUUUAAGGUAAUGCCCUUAAAUACACCUUAUAAUAUUUAAUAACAUGUCCAACCCAUCAUUUACUUUUGACAAACUUUUUGUGUCUGCAUGCUUUGGUUGUUAAAUCUGCUACGUCUUCGACAUUGGUAAUGGCUGCUGUCCUUAUUAUAUAUAAGUAUUAUAUCAAUCUUCUUCACUUUUACAUGGCUUAUUCAUAAGCAGUUAAAUUUUGUGAUUUCCAUAUAUCUUUUGGAAAUAACUUUUUGCAUUCUGAUUGUAAUAAAUGCAUUCUAAAAAUCCUAAGAGAAAACUGAAUAUGUAUAGAGUAAUAAUUAUUCACUUCCUUAUUCCCCAUAAUACAUACAGCAACUAGUUUGUAAAUUUGUAACUAGUGGUCAAUAUAGGUAUAUACAGGUCAUCUGAGUAGACAUCGAAAAUGUAGCCUCCUAGCAGAAUGGCUGAAAAUAUUGAUAAAUAAGAGUGGAGAGGUUAAAAGUGCAUGUUGAGGAUUAUGAUGAAAAAUAUUCUUUUUACUGGAAGGGUGUUUGGAAAAAUCACAUCAGCAUAUGGCACCAGCCAAGACCCCCCUAAAACCACCCUUUUUCGUCUGCCAAAAGUCCCUUUGUCUCAGCUUCAUUGUUCCUGGGACUUAUUGACAGUUGUAGAACGCAGCUCAGGACACGAGGGACACCCAACACCCCAGGGAGAGGCACAAGCGUGGAUUAUGGAAAUAUGAAUUGAUCUUUAAAAGAAGUGCCCCCCUCCUCUCUGCUACGGAAAAUACAAUGAAGGGGGGAGAGAGGCUGUGAUACGAUGUGAAAACCAAGAAUGGGCUCGGAGCUCACCCUUCCCAGCUGUUGGCAAAAAUAAAAAUAAAAAAAGAAAAUGUAGCGUUUGUACAUCAUAAGGACUCUUGAAAAGACGAAGGAUAAUGAAGCUACUUGUUAGACAUAUUUUGAAAUAAUGUAUGCGGCGCGGUUUAAUCCCCUUAUAUCCAGGCACUGGUUUAAUAAUGCAGGGGAAGUUGCCAGCAGGUUUCAAAGAUGCAGUCAGUCAAUGUUACUGCUGGGAAUGAAUCUCAUGUCUCUAGCAUGUGAAUGUCUGAAUGUUAUCUGUGUGGAUAUAUGUAUAUUUCCCCUUUGUGUGUAUAUUUAUUGCAGGUACCUAGACAGAUUCGUACAACAGCAUGGUAUGUGUCUUUAGAGGUAGAGUAAUUAAAUAAGAAAAGGAUUUAGUUUAAAAAAGCAAAUACGCUGAAAAUUUCACGUGCAUAGAAAUAUUUACGUGUGUAUGUAUGAGUAUAUAUAUAUAUAUAUAUAUAUAUACGUGUGCAUAUUUAUAUAUGCGUAAUAUCACUUUCAAUAUGGUCAGUAAAAUAUAUUUAUAGAUAUUAUUAGAGUGCGCACACAUAUGCUUACAGGCAUAUAUUUAAUUAGUAUGACUACUUAUGUUUAUCUUUAUAUCUAUAUAUCCAUCUAUAUAACCCUCUAUCCAUUUAUCCAUCUAUCGAUAACAAAGUAGUGUUUGGUGAUGAAGAGCAAUGAGGACACCUUAUGGUCACAUUAAGAAUUCUCCAUCAUGUACCCAGCUAUGGGUUUAGUAAGAAUGACCAGAAGCUGAUCUGACAGGGUGGAAGUUGUAGAUCUGGGCCACCAAUGCUGCUGUAGCUGAUCCUUGACAUUACUCUCCCUCAUUACUCUCCAUUCCUCAGCCAUGUGAUCCUGUAUGAUUUACAGCUCCACCUUUAACUCCUCCCAUAAUUCCACAGUUAACAUUUCACAUAUUUUAUGUAUUUAUCUGUCCCUAUAGUGUUUACCAUAGCUUUACAUCUAACAAUUCCUGUAGGUUCUCCCAUAGCUGUACUUCUAACAGUUCCUGUUGGUUCUCCCAUAGCUGUACUUCUAACAGUACCUGUAGGUUCUCCCAUAGCUGUACUUCUAACAGUACCUGUAGGUUCUCCCACAGCUGUACUUCUCACAGUACCUGUAGGUUCUCCCAUAGCUGUACUUCUCACAGUACCUGUGGGUUCUCCCAUAGCUUUACUUCUAACAGUUCCUGUGGGUUCUCCCAUAGCUGUACUUCUAACAGUACUUGUAGGUUCUCCCAUAGCUGUACUUCUAACAGUUCCUGUAGGUUCUCCCAUAGCUGUACUUCUAACAGUACCUGUAGGUUCUCCCAUAGCUGUACUUCUAACAGUACCUGUAGGUUCUCCCAUAGCUGUACUUCUAACAGUACCUGUAGGUUCUCCCAUAGCUGUACUUCUAACAGUUCCUGUUGGUUCUCCCAUAGCUGUACUUCUAACAGUACCUGUAGGUUCUGCCAUAGCUGUACUUCUAACAGUUCCUGUAGGUUCUCCCAUAGCUGUACUUCUAACAGUACCUGUAGGUUCUCCCAUAGCUGUACUUCUAACACUACCUGUAGGUUCUCCCAUAGCUGUACUUCUAACAGUACCUGUAGGUUCUCCCAUAGCUGUACUUCUCACAGUACCUGUGGGUUCUCCCAUAGCUGUACUUAUAACAGUACCUGUGGGUUCUCCCAUAGCUUUACUUCUAACAGUUCCUGUGGGUUCUCCCAUAGCUGUACUUCUAACAGUACUUGUAGGUUCUCCCAUAGCUGUACUUCUAACAGUUCCUGUAGGUUCUCCCAUAGCUGUACUUCUAACAGUACCUGUAGGUUCUCCCUUAGCUGUACUUCUAACAGUUCCUGUAGGUUCUCCCAUAGCUGUACUUCUAACAGUUCCUGUAGGUUCUCCCAUAGCUGUACUUCUAACAGUACCUGUAGGUUCUCCCAUAGCUGUACUUCUAACAGUACCUGUAGGUUCUCCCAUAGCUGUACUUCUAACAGUACCUGUAGGUUCUCCCAUAGCUGUACUUCUAACAGUACCUGUAGGUUCUCCCAUAGCUGUACUUCUAACAGUACCUGUAGGUUCUCCCAUAGCUGUACUUCUAACAGUACCUGUAGGUUCUCCCAUAGCUGUACUUCUCACAGUACCUGUAGGUUCUCCCAUAGCUGUACUUCUAACAGUACCUGUGGGUUCUCCCAUAGCUGUACUUCUAACAGUACAUAGUACUUCUAACAGUACCUGUAGGUUCUCCCAUAGCUGUACUUCUAACAGUACCUGUAGGUUCUCCCAUAGCUGUACUUCUAACAGUUCCUGUAGGUUCUCCCAUAGCUGUACUUCUAACAGUUCCUGUAGGUUCUCCCAUAGCUGUACUUCUAACAGUACCUGUAGGUUCUCCCAUAGCUUUACUUCUAACAGUACCUGUAGGUUCUCCCAUAGCUGUACUUCUAACAGUACCUGUAGGUUCUCCCAUAGCUGUACUUCUAACAGUUCCUGUAGGUUCUCCCAUUGCUGUACUUCUAACAGUUCCUGUAGGUUCUCCCAUAGCUGUACUUCUAACAGUACCUGUAGGUUCUCCCAUAGCUGUACUUCUAACAGUACCUGUAGGUUCUCCCAUAGCUGUACUUCUAAUAGUACCUGUAGGUUCUCCCAUAGCUUUACCUCUAACAGUUCCUGUGGGUUCUUCCAUAGCUGUACUUCUAACAGUUCCUGUGGGUUCUUCCAUAGCUUUACUUCGAACAAUUUUCCUAUAUGUUUCUUUGUAGCUUUACUACUAAUGCCUCCCAUAGCUUCUCACAUAGCUUUACAUCUAAGAGCUUCAAGAUCUUCUAGCUGUACCUAUGGCUGCUCCAAUAUCUCUAAUAUAGUUCCUCGCAUAUAUACAAUAUUUACGUAAGCUUUAUUACCUGCUCAUGCAACUGCCUUUAACUGUGCCUGUAGCUAUUCUCAUAACUUCCUGAAACUAGUCUUACUCACAAAAUCCUAUCCCUAACAUAACCUGAAAUCCAAGACUAUAAAUAUUUGUAUAAUUAUGUCUCAAUCCAUCCCCAAUAUUAAACACAUCAGGGAACCACUUCUACCUCUUCCUGCUCCUUUUUAACAUCCCAUUUGUGUCUCUAACUCCACCUGUAAAUUUUUCUGCUACCUCUACCGGAAAACAUUAUUUAAAAUGUCUUCUAUCACUGUCCCCUGUACUGCUCAUCCUUGCUGCUCCUGCAUGCCUAAUUGCUUGUGUAUUAACACUAACCACUCCAUUCAUUAUCUUUCAUGUAAUAUAUCUCUUUAACAUCAUCUUGCUGUCUUUAAUCUUUUUGCUGCUCUAUCUUUUCCUGUGGUCUCCUUUAGUCUGCCUCCCCCCGCCACACUCUCUGUUUUCCCCUUUUAGUUCCCUCUGAAAAUGCUCCUAUAAUUAAAGGAGCAUCCUCAGCCCUCUCGGAUGCACAAGACAGUUUUCUAUUGAUCGUUAGAACCCCGACACACACUAUCAGGGGAGAGAACGUCAAGCUAAGGGCUGCUUUGUCUAUGACAUAAGCCAUAAGAGGAUUUUUCUCCCCUCCCACCCCCCAUUUCUCUGCGCUGUUUAUAAAACGCUCUACAGACCUGCUGGCUAAAUGAAUUUUAAAGACUACCAAGGUUUUAAAGUAGAUAUUCCCCUGAGAACAAGGCCAGGCAGUUCGCCAGCUAGAUCUGCACCUCCCUGCUCACAAGACUGUGUGUGUGUGUGUGUGUGUGUCUUCAGGUGUCUUUGCACCUUUGUCUCCAUCUGUAUUUUUUGUGUGCAUAUGAAAUGUAAUUUUGUGUGUACAUCAAUAUAUGAAAUUUACACUUUUUGUUCUCAUCUGUUUGUUGUGUGUCCUUUUGUAUGGACACAUGCUGUAUGAAAGGAUGGGUUUUAAUUUAUUCCAAGUAUAUUUCUUCUAAACGCUGGUUCAUUGUUUGCAGAUGACUGUAGAAUAUCUAAUAAUUCUUUUUUUUUCCCACUCAAAUAUAAUACAGCACCAAAGCAUUUUUGGUCCUGUUUUGUGUGUAUAUUUUGUGUCGUAUGUAAAUGUGUGGGUAUACGUGUAUAUAUCAGCGUGUAUCAAUGAAUGUAAGUGCAUUACCUUGAUUUAAUUCUAAUCUAUGCAGAUGUUGUAAUCAUUACUAAAAAGCCAAUAUACAAAAAAAAGAGGACUAUUCUUAGACAUGCUUUGGAACCUAGAGUCCAAGAUGACUCAGGAGGAGAUACACUCAAUAAUGCAUUAUUUCAUUGAAUGUUUGGACCUAUGAUGAUUAAGACUUACACGUAGCUUUAAAGGCAUCCCUAUUCCUUUCUCUCCAUACACGGUACCUAUGUUUGAAUAGCUGAUCCUGUAUCUUCAUCUUCAUUCCAUACACGGUACCUAUGUUUGAAUAGUUGAUCCUGUAUCUUCAUUUUGGACUUUUUGGGAAUCCUUUGAGGGCAAGCUUAGCAUUGCCUGUUUGGAAGCUGAGACGUUCUAUCAGGGUGAACAUCAUCCAUUGUUUCCAUUGACCGUUUUGUAAGUGGCUUAGUAUUUUUAACUGGAGGCUGUUUUGGAUCACAAAGUCGCUGUACACCUUGACACUUCUGUAGGGCCUUCAUAUUGUUGCAGAGAACGUACUUAGGUAUUUGUAGCUGCAUUUAACAGUGGUCAACCCUAUGCUGGACCAUAUAAAAGCAGUACAUUAUUAAGCUACACUUCAUUUACCAUGUUCAGUUUUUACUGAACAAUUAAACUGCACCUCCUCCAAGUUGUAUCUGUAUGCCUCAUAUUCCCACUCAGAUUGUAAGCUUAGCAAGACCAAAGCCCCUAUGCUGAUAUAUUUAAAAUUUUUAAAUAUCCUGCCGUCCAGAUUGCAAAUUCGUCUGAAUAGGGUAUUCCUCAUUUCUUCAUGUGUUUCAUAUUGAUAUUAUUCUUUACAAAGUGCCAAUAUAUUCACAUCGCUAUACAAUGGGGUUAAUGAAACACACAAGUAAGUUCAAUAAUAAAAUAUAUAAUUUAUUUCUUUUUUUAUAUUUCCAUUGUGCAGUGAUGCAGAAUAUGAUGGGACUAGGUUAGGGUUAGUUUAUAUAUGUAUUUAACAGAGAAGACACAAAAUGUUCUCCUUGUUUUAUUUCCACUGUAAGAGGAUGACUAAUAUAUUGCCACCUGUCUGUGUUUCAAGUUGUUACUCAUUUCCUCUAAUCUCAGAUUUUGCCUUAAGAAGGAACAAUACAUUCCUCAUGCAUUUAUGGUUUUAAUUUUCUAAAAUGACAAACCAGUUGAGUAGAGCAUCUAGAUCUAAGCUGGUGAGGUAGCUUAGUUGAUAAAUGUUCUGACUGUAGUUCUGUCUGUAUGUACACAUAUAUAUUUAUAUAAAUAAAAUUUAAAUAAGGGUCUUCACUGCAUAUAAAGUGAAAAAGCAGGGUUAGCAGUUUCUCCUCUUCAUUUCAACCAAGCACGGUAGGAAUUAACAGGAAUAAAAUUUGCCAGAUCUGCUAUUUCCCCCCCGCCCCCUCUCUCUGCAUGUAGAGCAUAAUCAUUACUUGCAAACACUCAACCCUGAUCUCAUUUGUAGGUGAUACUAACUGCCACUUUGUUGGCACGUAUGACAUUUUGUAUUCUGACUACAGAAAUUAGCCAAAUUUUCCAAACCUGAGAAUAAAAUCCAUUUCAAAAGGUAUGUUUAAAUUUUUAAUUUCUGGUUUUUGUCCACUAAAUUUCUAUUCAAACGUUCCAUUUUUUAUUCCGGAAAAGAAUAAAGUAGAAUAGAACAAAAUAUAUAUGUGGGUUUUUUUCUGGCUUAAAAAAAGGAAUAUCAAUCAAAUAAGGUGGGAGUGAAGCAGAGAUGGAGGAGAAAGUAAAGUGCUGCCCUUUAGGAGAGAGCAAGAGACGGGUAUGUGAGGUAGAGGUUGCUCUGGGAGGCCAUAAGUUUUCCUAAAGAGAUGAGUUUUAAGGCACUUUUAAAAGGAUUAAAGACUAGGGGAGAGUCUGAUGGGGGUAGGCAGGCUAUUCCAUAAUAAUGGAGCCACCCGCGAGAAGUCCUGCAAGCACGAGUUGGUCGUACGGGUGCAAGCAGCGGUCAGGAGGUGGUCACAGGCAGAGCGGAGGGAACGAGGGGGGGCAUACCUAUGGAUCUGAGAAGAGAUAUAAGAGGGGCUAGAAUUGUUAAGUGCUUUAUAGGUGUGAAUUAGCACUUUGAAUUGACUCCUAUAGGAUACAGGAAGCCAAUGUAAGGGUGAGAUGUGAGAGGUCCGACUAGAGAGAAAAAUCAGUCUGGCGGCAGCAUUGAUUAGACUGUAGUGGGGCGAUACGGCUUUUGGGAAGACCAAUCAGGAGAGGGUUACAAUAAUCCAUGCGGGAAAUUACUAGAGCAUGGACAUGCUCCUUGGUAGCAUCUUUUGUAAGAAAGGGGCGGAUGCUGGCUUUGUUUUUAAGAUGGAAUCUACAGGAUUUGGCAAAAUACUGUAUCUGAGGCUCAAAGGUGAGGCCAGAAUCCAGUAUGACGCCAAGACAGCGAGCUUGCAAGGAUGGACUGAUGUGGGUACCACAAACUUGAAGGGAGAGCGAGAGAGGAGGAUCAGUAUUAGGAAGAGGAAAGACAAGGAGUUCAGUUUUAGAGAGAUUGAGUUUCAGAAAGCGGGAGGACAUCCUAUCAGAGAUGGAAGAAAGGCAGGCAGUAACACAUUGCAGGACGGCAGAGGAGAGGUCCGGGGAGGAGAGAUAUAUAUGGUUGUCAUCCAUGUACAGGUGGUAGUGGAAUCCAAAAGAGGCAAUACGUUUGCCAAGAGAGGCAGUAUAAAGCGAAAAUAGAAGGGGACCAAGGACAGAGCCUUGAUAUAUAUAAAAUUGUAUGUUAUGUGAGAUCUGGGAGAUAUCUUUCUUCAUUGAUCCUGGUAAUCUUCUAACUAUCACAUUUUUAUUAGCUUUAGUAAUUGCAUAGUUGGUAACAAUUGAAAAACAAAACACAAAAUGAUAACAGCCCACCCCCCCUCCCCCCCACACACACACCACCCUCUUUUUAAUUUUUUUAGUUUAACCUCUGGAAUGUGGGUGAUGUUGCCGUACUCAUUUUUGCUGGAAUAGAAGUGCAAACCAUUGGACUGUCCUGCCUACUUGGGACAGUUGGCAGCUAUGCAAUUGGCAAGUUACUACAUGAAAUGUAAUAACUGUCCGCAUGUAAAACAUAAUUAAGUGGACAUUCACUUAUUUGAGGUUGAUAAGAUCAAAGGUCUUUUACAGAUAUGAUAUAAUAUCUAGCUAAUAUUUUCAAAGACAGUUGUUGCUGUAUAGUGUAUUUGGAUAACUUCAUGAUUAUGUUUAUAGCUAGGAGCUUAGUUUUUUUGUGUUGUGGGAAGUCACAUAUUUUGUAUAUAAUGUUUUGCUAACUUUACGCAUUUUAGCUAUCUAGGUUUUUUUUAGGGUUUUGUUUUUUGUUUUUGUUUACCGUUUUUAAACUGUGUUAAAUUUAGAAGAUUGUUUCCUUAAUUUUAAAAUGUUGUAUAUUUCACUAAAUUGCCCUUUUUCUGUUAUUGUAUUUAUAGGUUUUUGUAACUCAUUCAUCCUAUCACCGAACAGUUACAGUAAACAUUAGAACACUUACACAGUAGUACACUCACUGUGUGUGUAAACCAUUUUAUUUUAUGUUGUGUAAUUUUAUGAUGACUAAAUAAAAGUUAUGUUUUAUUACUUUUGACACUGUAACACACUCGGACUACCAGUCCUUUGGCUUUGUCUCACCUGGUAUAAUUAAAGACUAUCCUUCUUUUUUAGCAGCUUCUCUUAGGACUAUUUAGUCCCACCAUCUGUGCAUCGUUAACAUGUAUACUGUAUGUAUCUCUAUGUCAGCAACAUAGAAGAAGAAUAUUAAAUAGUCCAAUUUUGAUUUACAUAUAUAAUUGAUGUGUACGUUUUCCAGCAGUUGAGGUCAUACCAAUGUAUUAAAGACCUUUCUUUUACUGUCAAGUGGUUAUUUUAUUUUUUUCUUUAAUGACAGAUGUACAUGUGUAUUCAAGGAAAGCUCUAAUUUGUAUUCAAGAAUGGGUUUUCACACAUACAAGUAAGGAAACCACAAAUUGGGCAUCUCAAGACAUCAAAUUGGUGUCAAAUAUAUAACUUCAAGCUAUGUGACCCCCAAGAACCUGACCCAUUUAGCUUGAGUUGUGGGUCAUAAUCCAGAGAUUUUAGGUCAAAUGCUGAACAUCCACUGCUCUGAUAAUUGUCAUAAUGGGCAAUGUGGAACUCUAUUUUAAACUCCUUGUCCAAUUUCAUAGAAAGAGAAACUACUCAAUUACGGUUUCAACUGUGUAUAGUUUGUGAUCACUGAAAAAUGAAAAUCAUGUUUUCCCAUCCCAGAGCCUUGUGAAAUUACCUGAUUUGUGAGUGUUUUUAGAGACACUUUCUCAAUAAAAUUCAAAAAGAACCCAGCUGGAGGGGCCUCUUGCCGGCGGCCCGUCUUUCCUGGUUUAUUGUGUAAUUGAGAUAGAACUUGGCAAAGUCUUGUCAGAAAUCACAUCAGUAAAGGGACGGGGAUCUUUUCCAUAUGGCUUGGAAUCUCUUGUGAAAUCCAUAUGUCUUUAUUAAAAAGGGAAUCACAGCAGGAGUGUGAGAAUCUAAGCCUCUUGUCAGAGAUUCUGCUUAUAAAUCCCCCAGUGGUUUUUGCUCGUGGGUCAGAUCUUAAAAUUUCUAUGGUGACAGCAGAAAAAAAAAAAAAAUCUAUUUGGCCCAACACUUCUUCCUCUUUCUUACCUCUGUCAAAACCACAUAGCUGGUUUGAUUCUCUGCCCUUUUUUUAUUUUUAUUUUUUAUAUAUAUAUAUGUUCAAGAUAUCUUUGUAUUUCCUGUUUUAAAAGAAUACAAUAUCUAUUGACAGUUCACUUGUUUCAGAAUGAAGGAUGAUCUAUAUCUAGUUAUCUUUUAAGCUAAAACUCUUAUCACCAACAUAUUUAUCAUACCUAGUUAAGGGAUGGUGGGAUUUGUAGUUUUGCUGUAGCCAGAAACCAUGACAGGGUCCAGGGCCAGCCCAAGACGUUGUGCUGCCUGGAUCCAAGUAUGAAAAGCUGCCCCUUCUCCCCCCAUCCCCCCCCCCAAAAAAACCAACACAACAUAAAUGCUUCUGCAAUGGUAGUGUCUCUAUGUGGGUGUGCUGGGGAUGAAGUGUGUGUCUGUUGGUGUGCUGGGGAUGAACUGUGCGUCUGUGUGUGUGCUAGGGAUGAAGUGUGUGCGCUGGGGAUGUAGUAUGUGUCUAUAUGCGUGCUGAGUAUAUAAUAUGUGUCUGUGUGCGUGCUGGGGAUGUAGUAUAUGUCUGUGUGUGCUGGGGAUGUAGCUUGUGUCUGUGUAUAUGUUGCUUGUGUCUGUGUGUGGACUGCAGCCAAUACACUUACCUAUAAACUGUGUCUAUGUAUAGGCAUGUGUGUCAGUGUUUGUAUGUGUGGCUGUAUCUGUAUGUGUGUCAGUGAUUGUAUCUGUUUGUCUAUGUAUCUGCAUGUGUGGCAGUGUUUGUCUGUAUAUUUGCAUGUGUAUCAAUAUGUCUGUGCAACUGUAUGUGUGUCAGUAUAUGUAUCAAAAACUGACACACAUGCAGAUACUGACACACAUAAAAAUGUACAGGCACACUGAUACGCCUGCAGGUACACAGACAUAAAGACAUACACACAGACACAUACAGACACUGACACAUACAGAUGCACACGCUGCCACACAUGCAGAUACACAGACAUACAGUUACACACACUACACACACAGAUACACAUUACACCCAUACAGUAUACACACACUACACGCAUACAUACAUACAUAUACACACACACACACUACACAUACACAGAUACACACACACAAUACACACACUACACAUACACAGAGACACACAUACAUACAAACACACACUACACACAUUACACACACUACACACAGAUACACACACUACACACAGAUACACAUAUUACACUCAUACAAACUGAUACACACACUACACAUACACUGAUACACAUACACAAACACACUACACACAUACAAACACACAGAUACCCAUACUACAUACAGACACACAUACAAACACACAGAUACACACACACACACAAACACACAGAUACACACACUACAUACAGAUACACACACAUACAAACAGACACACACACACACAUUAAAAAAAUUAAGCCACCCAGCAGAUUCUUACCUUCUGCUGGCUGUGGCUGGUGGGAGUUGGGUGCCUGCUCUGGUAAACCGGCCCCAUCCUCGCUGCUCCCUCCUCCUGCUCCCGCGCAGCUGGCUCUAUGUGAGCUGGGAGGAAGUGACAGCGAUACACUGUCCCUUCCUCCUAGUUCUCCAUGCAGAUAGGAAGGGGCCCGGUCGCGCUGUUAAAGUGCUGCAGCGCAGGACCGUGCUCCUCAUUGCACAUGUCCAUCGGGUGGCCCAUGCCCUUCACACAGGAUCCCAACCCGUGUGGUGCUUCUGCACCGCCGCCGCCAAGGGUUGGGAAAUCCUGUUUUAGAUUAUGACAGGGGCAGCAAAAUGCCACCCCUGUCAGGGUGCCGCCUGGAGCCAUGGCUCCAGCGCGGUCUAUGGACGGGAUGGCCCUGGGUAGGCCACCCAUGUCUACAUGUGAAGAAGCCAACCCUUUGCUAUGGACACAAUACACAUGAACACAGACUAAUAUUGUAACAGUAUUUGUCCAGAACAUCUGCUUUCUAUAUUUCUUUUAAUGUCUGAAAUUUCUCUAGCCAAAUAUCGGAAUCUGUCUGCACAUUUACUAGUUAGUGUUAUUAUCAUCAAAGAGGCUCCCAAUGAUCAGAUUAUUGGCGUAGCUGGAAAGUUUGGAAGUGAGGCAGUUACAUGCUCAACCCAAAUUACUCAUUUAGUGAUAAUACCCGGCAUAUUUCAGUUUUCUGAAAUCUUAUGAAAUAGUAAAAACAAAAGCCACUCUUCCCCUAUACUGUCUGGAAGAUUUUUUACCGCGUCUUGUUUUCUUGUGAUCAUCUAGUCAUUGUGAAUGUAAGCAAAUAAUAUUUGUCUCUUUCUCUUGGUAGGACAUUUUGUCUAUGGUGCCAAAGUUCUGUUUUCCGUUUGCCAUUGAAAGGUAAGCCACUGUUUAUUAACUCAUCACCCAUGUAUUCCUUUGGGACGCUCAAAUGUGCAAAGUUUUAGCUUUUCAUACCAUUAAAUUGAACAAAGGUGGAAUUUGCUCCAGACCAUCCUCCAGAGUCCAUUCUAAAAACCUGCUUUUCCCCAAAAAGCUUUCCAUACUGUGGCCAGCCCCUUGACCCAAUUUUCACUCCACCAUCAGCUGUAUCUGUCAGCAUGCCUAUUGAUGUAUUGUAGUGUACUCUAUCUAUAAUGCUGUAUGUAAGCCUGCUAUGUUUACCACUUACGUGUUUGUAACCAUUUUAUAAAUUAUGAAAAUGUUGAGUACAUUUUUAUGCAAGGCCAUACUGAAAUUCUUAUGUUUAAAAGUGGAAAUGUGACCAUCUUUUGUGAGCCUUUUUGUACUCUGGUAAUGAGCACAGUACUCACUGCAUGGUGAAGCCGAGUGUGUAUAAAGUUAUUAUAAUCCUGUGGACAUUAAUAUCCAAGGUGAGUUUAGGUAUUGAUAAAAACUGACUGAUAUUUGAUAGUGAUGAAUUUCCUUCACCUGUACCAAGUAUGCAACACGUACAUAUUAGUAAUGCAUAUAAGUGCAUAGAAUAAUAAUGCUGAGUAUCUCUGCUCUGCCCCUAACAGGGUGACUCAGACUCAGGUUGGACAGCACUUCACAUUUGUUCUAACUGAUAUAGACAGUAAGCAAAGGUUCGGGUUUUGCCGGCUGACGUCAGGAGGUAAAAUCUGCUUAUGCAUUCUCAGGUGAGUGGAACAUGAAGCAGGCCAUGUUUUGUAUGGUGUAGAAACAGAUAUGUCAUAUUUUAGAAAUAUGUUUUUUUUUAAUCAAGCUUGUACAGGUAACUUUACCUUGUGUUGCUGUUUUUUAUAAUCUGUAACCAUAGAUAAAGUGGCAGACAUCUUUUGUCAAGAAAUCACAAAGUAGUAUUUUACUCUCUUGCAUCUACUAGUGGUAUAUACAUAUAUGCAUAUUACAAACAAACGAAGAAAGAAUGCAAAAAGGUCCAAUUACUCUUGUUUAUUUGUUUGGUGUGUGUUUAUGUGUGUGUGUGUGUAUGUAUAUAUAUUGUGACCGAAAGCAAGGAAUUGUGCUGGAGGGAAUCUAUAUAUCUCCCCAGAUUUUGCAAGGUUCCUACUUUGUGUAAUUAGCCCCAGGGAAAUGUGUUGUGUUAAAAUUAAUAUUGCACUUUAAAUAUGUGUAUAUUUGGGCCCUGGGGUGGAGCACUUGGAGAGUAGGGUGGGCCAGUGCUCCACUCCACAUUUUGGAAAUUAAUUGGAACCUACAGCUGAGAAGUCCAGUUCCAGAGUUUCAAUCCUUAUUUAACUCACCUGAAAAGGAUUGUUAAUUACAGGUGCUAUAAAAGGACCACUAUAGCGCCGGGCUGGAUGGAGAGGAAGGGCUUAAACUUACCUCUUUCUCCAGCGCCGGGCCGGGAGCUCUCCUCCUCCUCUCCUCCCUCUUCUCCUCCUCUUCGGCUGAAUGUGCAUGCACGGCAGGAGCCGCGCGCGCAUUCACAAUGCUUUCCUAUGGACGCUGGCGUCUUCUCACUGUGAUUUUCACAGUGAGAAACGCGGAAGCCCUCUAGCGGCUGUCAAUGAGGCAGCCACUAGAGGCUGGAUUAACCCUAACAUAAACAUAGCAGUUUCUCUGAAACUGCUAUGUUUAUAGAAAAAAGUGUUAACCAUAGAUGGACCUGGCACCCAGACCACUUCAUUAAGCUGAAGUGGUCUGGGUGCCUAUAGUGGUCCUUUAAGUACUCCCCUGCCAAGGGAGGAGGGAGAUUGUGUUUGAUUUCUGUGAGUGGAAACAGAGAGCUGAAAACCCUGAAACGCUAAGGUUGUUGCUUAUGUUUAUGUUGGGAAAUGUACAAGCCAUCCAACCCAGUUAGCUAAUUAUUUUGUUUAGUUAGUGCUCAGAAGAGCAAGGAUUUUGUUUUAUAUAUUUUGUUACAACCUUUUAUACCUUCAUGUGCAUUUAUUUUGGAACCACAAUAAAAAGAGCAAGUCCUUUUACCUCAUCCAGCGUGUGAAGUGUCUCUAAAGCCUGAAAAGACUGUGUGUAACACCCCAAUCCCAGGACAAGGUACCAAGGGAAAGGAGUACUUUUAUCAUAAUAUAUAUAUAUAUAUAUAUAUAUAUAUACACAGUAUCUCACAAAAGUGAGUACACCCCUCAUAUAUUUUAUUAUAUCUUUUCACGUGACAACACUGACAAAAUGACACUCUGCUACAAUGUAAAGUAGUACAGCCUGUAUAACAGUGUAAAUUUGCUGUCCCCUCAAAAUAACUCAACACACAGCCAUUAAUGUCUAAACCGUUGGCAACAAAAGUGAGUACACCCCUAAGUGGAAAUGUCCAAAUUGGGCCCAAUUAGCCAUUUUCCCUCCCCGGUGUCAUAUUACUCGUUAGUGUUACAAGGUUUUAGGUGUGAAUGGGGAGCAGGUGUGUUAAAUUUGGUGUUAUCGCUCUCACACUCGUCACUGCUAGUUCAACAUGGCACUUCAUGGCAAAGAACUCUCUGAGAAUCUGAAAAAAAGAAUUGUUGCUCUUCAUAAAGAUGGCCUAGGCUAUAAGAAGCUAGGCUAUAAGAAGAUUCCAAGACCCUGAAACUGAGCUGCAGCACGGUGGGCAAGACCCUACAGCGGUUUCACAGGAAAGGUUCCACUCAGAACAGGCCUUGCCAUAGUCGACUAAAGAAGUUGAGGGCACAUGCUCAGCAUCAUAUCCAGAGGUUGUCUUUGGGAAAUAGACAUGAGUGCUGCCAGCAUUGCUACAGAGGUUGAAGGGGUGGGGGGUCAGCCUGUCAGUGCUCAGACCAUACGCCGCACACUGCAUCAAAUUGGUCUGCAUAGCUGUCGUCUCAGAAGGAUGCCUCUUCUAAAAAUGAUGCACAAGAAAUACCGCAAACAGUUUGCUGAAGACAAGCAGACUAAGGACAUGGAUUACUGGAACCAUGUCCUGUGGUCCGAUGAGACUAAGAUAAACCUGUUUGGUUCAGAUGGUGUCAAGCGUGUGUGGCGGCAACCAGUUGAGGAGUACAAAGACAAGUAUGUCUUGCCUACAGUCAAGCAUGGUGGUGGGAGUGUCAUGGUCUGGGCCUCCAUGAGUGCUGCCGGCACUGGGGAGCUACAGUUCAUUGAGGGAACCAUGAAUGCCAACAUGUACUGUGACAUACCAAAGCAGAGCAUCAUCCCCUCUCUUCUGCGACUGGGUCGGAGGGCAGUAUUCCAACAUGAUAACGAACCCAAACACACCUCCAAGAUGACCACUUUCUUGCUAAAGAAGCUGAAGGUAAAGUUGAUGGACUGGCCAAGCAUGUCUCCAGACCUAAACCCUAUAGAGCAUCUGUGGGGCAUCCUCAAACAGAAGGUGUGGGAGCGCAAGGUCUCUAACAUCCACCAGCUCCGUGUGUCACAUCAUGCCAUAUUCUGCGGAGAUGUCUGGCUUUGGCUUCUGGUAUCCAGUACUCUUUUUACAAUCCUUGCUUAGUUUUUCUUUUUCCUUUUGUUUCAGUCUGGACCUGCAGCAGUGUUUCAAGUCUCUGCCUUUUCUUGCAGGUAAGUGCUAUUGUGGUUUAGUAUGGUUUUUUAGCGAACAUUAGGCAGUGUAGGUCCUGCCGAAUAUGGGAUACAUUGGCGUUGUGGCAGGCUUAUGCAAUGUAUGAUCAUAUAAUGUAACUAAAUCCCCAUACUUUUCAUAUAUAGUGCUUAGUUAUGUCUACUCUUGUUUUGCCUAUUAUAUCUUGUCUUGUUUUAUUUUGUUAACCCAGUCCAUGUACAGUCCUGUCCUGUCCUGCCCCUGUUUAGUUAAUGUUCCCUUAUGUAUUGUGUACAUGUUCUGGGUUUAGCUUCCUAUCCUUCUCUGGUUCUGGGUUCUACUAGUUCUGUCUUGUUUUCAUGUUUGGUGCCUACUCUAGCCUUGCCUUGUUUCUGUACUGGAUACAUGUCUGCUGUAGAGCCCCCCUAUCCAGUUCCUGGGAUCCGCUGUAGCUGCAUCAGGGUUCUGGUAAGUGGCCGCGCAAACGCUGGUGCUCAACACCAGGGGGCGUGCGGUUACCCUGCACCAGACCCUGCUAAUCCACUUCCACUGUGACUCCUACUCUCAACAUCAGGCAUACUGGGUUUCGGUCCACGCACCGCCUCCCGGACAGUGUCUGGGUCCCGGGCACCGGACCGCCACCCUGACACUGUGAUGUCGUCUUGCAGGAGUGGAAGAGGACUCCAGUGGCAACCUGUGAAGCUCUGGUGAACUUAAUACCCAUAAGGGUUAAGGCAGUGCUGGAAAAUAAUGGUGGACAAAAAAUAUUGACACUUUGGGCCCAAUUUGGACAUUUCCAUUUAGGGGUGUACUCACUUUUGUUGCCAACGGUUUAGACAUUAAUGGCUGUGUGUUGAGUUAUUUUGAGGGGACAUCAAAUUUACAAUGUUAUAAAUGCUGUACACUUAUUACUUUACAUUGUAGCAGAGUGUCAUUUCUUCAGUGUUAUCACAUGAAAAGAUAUAAAAUAUUUACAAAAAUGUGAGGGGUGUACUCACUUUUGUGAGAUACUGCGUGUGUGUGUGUAUGUGUAUAUAUAUAUAUGUAUAUGCACACACAUGUAUUAAUAUAAUUUCUGUUUGUUGUAACAUAUUUUUGAUCUCUGAAAAACAAAAUAUUUUUGUCCUGAGUCCUGACAAUUGUAAGCAAGCAGAUUAGUACUUAAAUCCAAUGGGGUAGAUUUCUAAUUCUCUAAUUCUGUCUAUGAUCUGGUGAAGUUCAAGCUGAUGUCAUGUACCCUCUCAUGGGACUCCUAGUUGGAGAGCUUUCCUCAUGCAUUCUUUGCUCCUCCCAGCAGACUGCUGAAAUGAGUCCUCUUAUCUAAUAUUGACUCAACUCAGUCACUGUUAAUUCCACAGGUGAAUACACAAUGAGGUAAUUUGGGACUUUUAUCUUAAGUUCGUUAGCUGGAGGAUUCAUAGUAAAAUAAAGUAUACUUUAGUGCUGAAAUUGAGAUACUUUUUCAAAAUUGUGGCACCAGUCAAAUGACUAAUUUGGCAAAUUUAAGUGGAUAUUCAAUAAAAUUCCUUUUUGCAGGUUGUACUUUUAUAAAAUGUUAUAUACCAUAUCUCUAUACUUAUUCUUUUUUACUCCGUUUCCUUUAAUGUUCUGUUUUAUCUCAUAAUUGUGUCUCACACGUUGUAUACUCUUCUGUUCCUUAUUUAUACUAUGUACUCUUACACAUCACCCCAUAUUCUUCUGUCACUAUGUCCCUUGUCGGUCUUCCAUCUGUGUAUUUAUCUCAGAUUCCUCUUCUUCCAUGUUUUUAUCUUUCACUGCAUGUUUAUCCUUAAACUUCGUUGUUUGUCCAACAUCCUUAAAUUCUCUACUCUACCCCUCUACUCAAAUCCCAAGUCUCCCAGCUUUCCUUUGCUUCCAUUGUGCAGCGAAUGUUUCUGAUUUCCAAGCCAUCUCUGUCCAAUUCCCAGACGGAAAAAAGUCUCUGACCUCUGCUUCCAGACGUCUGGACAGAAGGAAAAGCAGCUUCCUCUAUUCUUUAGAUGUGAACCUACGAUGCGAGAGUCCGCUCACUAAUUCAGAGCAGUAACAGCUUACCUGCCCAUUUCUACGCCAACUACUUCCCCUCCGUCACUUAACCCCUGACACUUACAAUUUAGAAACGUGUCCCCCUGCAGUGGCACCCAAGUGACACACUGAGCCUGGAGGGAGACUGGGCUGCUAAUAACUUGCAGACUUGGGAAUCCUUUCCAGGGGAAACCCUUUGAAUCCCCUUCUAAUGAGCCAUGAAAUAUAGGGAGGUUUUGUAUCCAGGACAGGUCGUGCUGGAGCCUUGUAUUUCACAUCAGGCCAGAAACUCAGCAAGCCCUUCACCCUAUAUAUUACAUGCAGAUGGAGUUAUUCAGCGUUUACGUUAUACAACAAUCCCAGAAAAUCCCAGGGUAUAUUUCAAGGAAUCAUUGUAUAAAUAGACAGAAUACAGCUGUGUGCAUUGGUGGAAAGAAUUAUUCCUACCAAUAUAAAGUUAUUUGCAAGCAUUUUCCUAUUUAUAGAGUCGCAAUAUAAUAUACAGCUGUUCAACGCUGUAUAGAUGUGUGCAUACAGUGUUUUAUUAUAUAUAUAUACAUUAUAAAAUUUAGAAACUACAUAAAUAAAGGUCAUUUGGCCUCCAUAUACUGUACAAUACAUAGACAAAACACAAGAGAUUCUAUAUAUACUGUAGAUGUGUGUGCUAUGGUAGUGUAGGGGUUAGUGAUUAGUGCUGGGGUAGUGUUAGAGUUAGUGUAGUGGUGUCGGCAAGCAUUGGGACAUACAUGAGAGAAGGUGGGGAGUGUUAACUUAGAGACCUCAGGUAAGAAGUCAAACCAUAAAAAACCAGUUUGACUACAUACAUUAGGGGGCGCCAGUGUGUAACUGGCACGAUGGCAACUGCAAUGUGGUGGAGCAUUCCUGUAAAGUCCAAAGCUGCCAUCAAUAAAAUAGCAGAAGAUGCUGCUAGGAAUCCCCAAUAAUCUUCUAAACUCAGACACACUGGGACAUGUACGAACCGGUUCUGCCCAAUGUCAUGGCCCCUCUAAUUAUGGGAAAUAAUUGCACGGAUGAUGUCACUUCCAUGUAACAUAGCGUUUGGAAACAUGGUCUUUCUGUUGAAAUGAUCAUGUACUGAUGCAUAUAAAUUAAGGAGUGCUAGUACUCACAGAGUGUAGAACUAGUUAAAGAGAUGGGUGCUUUAUUGUUAUAACUGUAGGGCAUAAGAGGAGGUGGCUUACUUUAACCAUUAGACGCUACAUUUAUUUAUCUACCUAUUUAUUUGUCUUUAUCUAUAAGGCAAAUAUCCAAUAGAAUCAAUAAUACAUAGUUAACAAUCACAUACAUGGUUAAACUUAAAUUGAUGGGGAUAAAGGGUAUUUUUAAAUAUCCAUGUAUUAUAUUUACUAAAUUCCACCACCAUCACACUUGGUGCAGGUGAAUUUACCAAAUAUAGUACACUACAUGCACAGGGUGUGCUAAGGGUGUACCUAUAUUUCUUUAUGAAAGAUUUAUGAUAAUAUUAUUAAUUAAUAUCUGCAAAUAUUUCUGAUAUAGAAAAGUAAAAUAUCUCAUAAUUCAAGACUAAUAAUUAUAUUUAGAUGUAUAUGCCCUGUACAAAUGUUACAGGUAAGAUGUUUUUAAUGUUCAGAUAUACUGACGCAUAAGUGUGUCUUAGUUAUGGGUGAGUGUCCUAAGGUAGGUUAAUAUGUAUAAAACUAUUUAUUGAGCACAUUUUUUGCAUUAUUUAAAGAGGGUGGCGUAAGGUAUCACACAGUAGUAGGUUCAUGUACAAUGCAAUGCGGCCCGUCCGCUGAAGCAUUCUCUGUGCUAUAUUCUAAUCCCAGAUAUUGCCAUUCUUUGGUAGGGGCCAGCCUGACACGACAUUGAAAUGCAUGACCUCUCUUGCAUGUACUGUGCAGCUCAGUAUCAGAGACAUAAAUCUACCACCCAUAGGAGAGAGUUACUUGCACUAGGGACAGGCUAUUUUUCAUUAGCAAGUGGAAGGCAAUAUUCAUGCAAUAAUAUGAUAAAUGGCCCUGCACUGCAGUGAAGAGCGCUCUGUCUUUUCUGGGAGAUAAAUCAGUAAGAGCCCUCCAUGCUGCCACGUAAUGCAUGUGGAUAAAUUUACAGUUGUGUGUGUUUGAAUGUGUAAAGUAUUUUUUAUGUACUUUCUAUAUACAUUGAAGAGCACACAGCUGUAGAUACUUACAAUGUUUACCUCAUAUCAUUUUUUGAAUGCGUGUAAAUUCCCAAGUGGUUUAUGGACUAUAUAUGGCCAGACAUUUUUGGAAAAUGUCAACAAUAUAUUAAUAGCAGUAUGUGCUUUUUGCUGCUCACCAAGAAUAAAUUGCAGGGGAAAAAAAAGAAUUUUAUCAAGUAGCAUGGAAAAAACUUUACGUGAAAAAAUCAUCAAAAUCAAAAUGUAGAGCCUCCGAAAGUACGAUUUCCAGCGUGACUUUAUUGUAGAUUUACAUUUCAAAUAUUGCCAUUGAAGCUUUGAGUUUCAAAUGUUUACAUUGAUAAAACAUUACAACAGCAGCAACGUUGAUAACAAUGCCACUAAUUGGGAGAAGGGGUGGGGGUAAAAUUAGUUUAAACUUGGGAGGAAGUUAUUGUUAAAUUAAAGAGGUCUUUGUUUUAGUUGGGAGGGCGGCAUAAGGUACCCCUGAUUCUCACUGUGUACCUGUUCUUUUUUUUAUUGAUGCUUAUUGUUUUUAACAUAGCAGCGAUAUUAUAGCUUUGCUAUAGUGACAGUGACAUUUUUAAAUGUUAAUUAAUUAAUGUCAUUAAUGAAUACUUACAGCUUUCUUAACUAAACUGUUAGCUGUGAUAGACUUGACAGCUGACAAAAUUUAGACCACUAUAGCUCAUUUCCACUGUUUAUUGGAAAGCCUAAAUUAUACAUCAUAUCUGCAUUUCUGACAUGUUAUUUGUAGGGUAAAUAAAUUAAAUUGUAUAUAUGUUUGUGUGUGUGUGUUAAUUACAGCUGAUUGCUAAGUGAAUUUCUUUUACUUUUAGUUUUAAAUCUCUAGAUAGCGUAACAACUAGGUUAGGUUUUUUACAGUCUCUUUUUGUCUAUAAUAAAGACACCGCAAUGCUUAUCCAGCGUGAGGAAGAUCUCAGCCAUUGUACUUUAUCAAAGCUGCUUUAUCUUAUGAUCUCAUGGGAGAAGUUGUCUAAAUAAUGCAGACUCACCGCUUUCUACCCAUUGUUAUAUAUUUAGAAGUGCUUGGAGACCUCCAGCAAGAGGGAGUUAAAGGACCGCUCUGGAUUAUAUCCACCAGGUCUGCAACUGGAACGUAGGAACAUUUAUCUGGACACUGGCGACCAGACAAACACAUUUGAUCAAAUGUAAUUGUAACUUGCCACCUGCAUGUCCGCGUUUCCCAUAAAUUGGAAUUUCCUAGAAUUUAAUGUUUUAUUCCAAUUGUGAUUUCUAUACGUUGGAGCUUUGGAAAGAUGUUAAAAGAGCAACUUACAAUAGUAAUGUAUUAUUUAAAAGAUUAAAAAUGUGUACAAUAUGUAUAUCUUAGCUCUCCAAACUUGAAUGUGAUGUAUGGGGUGUAACAGACAUACUGACAUACACAGACAGACACUGACACAAGCACAGACACAUACACUGACAGACAUACUGACAUAAACAUACACUGACAGACAUACUGACACAGACACUGACAGACAUACUGACACAAACACAGACAGACAUACUGACAUACAUACUGACACAAACACAUACACUGACAGACAUACUGACAUAAACAUACACUGACAGACAUACUGACAAACAUACACUGACAGACAUACUGACACAGACACAGACAGACAUACUGACAUAAACAUACACUGACAGACAUAUUGACAAACAGACAUACUGACACAGACACUGACAGACAUACUGACAUAAACAUACACUGACAGACAUACUGACACAAACACAGACACUGACAGACAUACUGACACAAACACUGACAGACAUACUGACAUAAAUUUACACUUUUAAACCCACCCACAAGUUUCCUACCUUGGAAGGUGGUUCCCCAGGUGUCCAGACUGAAGGCUGUUGGGAUCUGCCUCUCCUGGCAAGGGUCCCUCCUUCGUCUCCCGCGCGGCUCCUCUCCUUAGUGAGAGGAAGUGACUCGCAGCCGUCACUUCCUCCCAGCGCUGCCGAAAAGCAAAGGGCCCGGUCGCGCUGUUAAAGUGCUACAGCGUGUGACCGGGCCCCUGCUUACAAUACCCACCCGGUGGCCUGCUUAAUGUGGGGGCCGGUGGCCCCAUGGGAGAAACAAUUGUUGAGGGCAGCGGGGCCCACGGGGAAGCUGCCUUGGGCCCCCCAAGAGUAACUGGGCCCGGGGCAGCUGCCCCGUUUGCCCCGCGUUAAAGACGGCCCUGAGUGUCCCUUUAAUAAACCGCUCCUUAACUGUUUGUUGAUAAACCAUGGAAAGAGAUUCUUGUACCAUAACCAAUACAUUGAGCUGUAAUUGUUAUGCUACUUAGAGUGUUACUCUAUGAACUUACCACUGUGUUCUAGCCUCCAUAGUUUAGGUUGGUAUAAUACAAGUGGUAAGAGUUAAAGGUUUUUGUUUGUAAAAUUGCUAUGUAGUCAUGUUGAUUUUUUUUUUUUUCACAAUUAAUCUAUCAUUUGCUUUGUGAUUGAUUAAUUAAAAGAGUCCCUGGUGAAUCGAUGUUGACAUAGCAGCAAUGAUUCUAGAAAAUAAAACUUUAUGGCUGUCAUGGGGUAGAUUUAUUAAGAGGUGAAAAGUUGGGGGAGUGUGAAAGUACCUGUUAGGCAAACUUUUAGUAGUACUGUGCACAAGAUCUUAAAGUCUGUUGGCAUGGCAGUCCAAUUUUGUUUUUUAAAUUGAGGUGUGUAUGUUGCAGUGUUGGGCUUGUGUAUUUUAUGAGGGCUGCAGUUGCUUUGUAACAUUGUAUUUGUGUGUAUGUGGCUGUUAUAUUGUAUAUGUUCAUUAGUAUUGUGUAUGAUAUCCAUGAAUGUGGACUGUGUAUGGCGGCUGCUUGUGGAAUUGUGUGUUUGGAUGAUAUGUCAUAUUAUAUAUAUCAUAAACAGUUUGCACCUUUACCAAACUGGCCAGAGUACUCGCCACAUCAUAACCACUAUGGAAGGCCUUUUAAGGGCAAUGUAUACAUGAGCAUGUCUCAAAUGCACAUAAUGACUGCAUCUUAUUGGACACAAGCUUUGACACAAAGAUAUAUGGAAUCAGUAACAUAGCAAACGGACACUGACACAGACACACACAGACAUUCAAAUAGACACUCUAGUACAAAGAUAAACUGAUAGUUAAAAAUACUAUCCAAUAAAUACAGUCACAGACUUUUGAUGAAAUGGCCACAAAUUGUCUUACAACUGCAGUAACAAAAAUGAUUACAGCCACUGACAUGCGCAUUGCACAAAAAAUGAUAUAUAUAGGUUCAAGUACAAAAAUACAUAUAUGUAAUGACACACAUUCACGCCACAUUAGACACUGACCGACACAAACAGAAUCAGAAUAUGUUAUAUACAAUCACAGCCAUAGAAAGACACAGAUGGAUAUGUCAUUACAUUGACAAAGAGACAAUUAUACGACUAGAACAAUAUCUGCUUUACAACUAUAAUGAUACAAACACAGAUAAGUUCUAAGGGUUUACAAACCGUGACAUCUACACAGACACUUAUUUAUAUUGAAAUCUGACAAUUAGUUACACUCUUAAAAAAUCUUAUAAAUACAGUCAUACUGAGACACUGAUAGAUACAACAAAUUAUGAUGAAUAUAGUGGCAACCAUACAGGAACUAACAGACACACCCAGAACUUGUCUAUCAAAAUGUUAUAUAUACAAUGAAAUACAUACAGAGUCUGAUAGACACUACUGUCUUUUUUUCUUUAAGUCAUGGUUUCUGUUCACCACAAUUCAGUGAUUAAUCAUAAACCCUAAUUGUAUCAAUAUAUUCACAGUAAUACUGAUGCUGAUUGACACAAAUUAAUUUGGAUAUGAAUAAUCACGGUAAUUAGAGAUAUUGAUAGACAGCCACAAACCGUACCUGACAAACCGAGUCAACGAUAAAUAUGGAACAUAACACCACAGCCAUAACAAUAGGUACAGACAAACAGAAAUUCAAAACACAUUUGUGUGUGUUUAUUCUUAUAUAGAGUUUAAAAGUAUUAUAAGUAUUUACAAGUAAUUAAGUGUUCUUGCAUAGCAAGGCCACUUAAUGUUAUCUCACAUAUAUAUUAUUCCUAUUCUUAUUAUAGCCAAAUUUACCACCCUAACUCCUCCCACAGUUUUUACACUACAUAGACAGUAAUAUACCGAAACGUGCGGAUUGUUACCAAUCGGAUUGCUCUUACUUUGUGGAACGUUUCGCCGAAUGGUUCACAGAAUAUCGUCGUUCUUGUGGCGAAAUUGGUCCCAUAGGAAUGAAUGGCAAAAUGUUCAAAACUUUCUAAACUGCCACCACUCCCUCAUUUUCAAGCCCACCUACACAAAUCUUAUAUCAAAACGUUCAGCUAUCCCUGCUGCCACUAAAAAUGUCCACGGCUAAGCCAUAGUCCUGAUAGUUUUCACGAUAUAAUCAUUUGUUUGCAACUCACGCCGUCCAUUGACAUUCAUUGAAACUCCACUCCAGCCAGCUUAAAUUUGAAGUGCAAUUUCUAAACUGCGACUAUGCCUUCAUUUUUAAUACUUCAGAGACAUACUAUACAUCAAAAUGUAGGUCUGGGUCUUGUGAUUCUCACAAUAUAAAGCUCUUCGCUGUAGGAUGUACCGUUUUUAAAAUACGACCGUUUGAAGAUGGCACCCGCCAAAAUACUCUGACCUGUGCCAGGCUACAGCAGCAAGUGAUGUCAUAGACAGGGCCUUUUGUACACCUGCUAAUGUUUUUAUAAAUGCAUGUUUUAACCCCUUAAGGACCGAGGACGGUUCAGGACCGUCAUCGGCAUUUUUGCGUUGCCGACCGAUGACGGUCCUGAACCGUCCUAACGGUCUCCGUUACUUACCUGAUCGCCGUCGUUCCCCCGGCGGCGAUCAGCGUGGCUCCGGUUGUGGGGAGACUGCCUGCAGCCCAGACAGUCUCCCCACGGCAGAUUAGGACCCCUGUGGCCAUGUGAUCGCUUAACACAGCGAUCACAUGGUCACAAUAGGUGUCCUAUGUGUCUGCCUGCAGGGGGACUGUCUGUGCUGACAGGCAGUCUCCCUGCUAGUGUAAAAUCAGAAAAAAAAAAUAAAGUUAGUGUUAAUUAAAAAAAAUAAAAUAAUUAUAUAUGUGUAUAUAUGAUAUAUAGACAUAUAUUAUAUCUAUAUAAUAUAUGUCUAUAUAUCAUAUAUAUAUGUCAUACUAAGUGUAUUUUUAUAUUAAUAUGUACUUAUAUUAAUAUAAAAAUACACUUAUAAUUAAAUUACACACGUAUAUAUAUAAUAUAUAUAAUAACUAUAUAUAUUGUAUAUAUAUAUAUAUAUUAUUAUAAAAUAUAAAUAAUAAGUAAUUUAAAUUAAAUAAUUUUUUAAAAUAAUAAUAAAAAUUAAAAAAAAAUUAUAUAUCUAUAUGAAAUUUUAUUCUAACUGUAUUUUAAAAUUAAUAUAUAUAUAUUUAUAUCAAAAUACACUUAGAAUGAAUUUGUAUAUAUAUCUAUGUAUAUAAAAAUAAAUAAAAAAUAAUAAGAAAUAUACAUACGUCCAUAUACAAAAUUACAUAAAUAAUUAUAUAAAUAUACACGUAGACUUCAAAUAUAUAAAUAUGCAUAUAUAUUUAAAUUCUACGUGCGUAUUUAUGUAAUAUUUUUACAUUAUUCAGUAAUUUUAUUGAUUGCAAUUUAAGGGACCUGCCUGCUAACCCAGGCCGAAAUUCCAGAGAAUUGAAUUUGCUAGCACUGUAUUUUACCCUGUAACGUUCUACGACACCCUAAAACCUGUACAUGGGGGGUACUGUUUUACUCGGGAGACUUCGCUGAACACAAAUACAGGGAGUGCAGAAUUAUUAGGCAAAUUAGUAUUUUGACCACAUCAUCCUCUUUAUGCAUGUUGUCUUACUCCAAGCUGUAUAGGCUCGAAAGCCUACUACCAAUUAAGCAUAUUAGGUGAUGUGCAUCUCUGUAAUGAGAAGGGGUGUGGUCUAAUGACAUCAGCACCCUAUAUCAGGUGUGCAUAAUUAUUAGGCAACUUCCUUUCCUUUGGCAAAAUGGGUCAAAAGAAAGACUUGACAGGCUCAGAAAAGUCAAAAAUAGUGAGAUAUCUUGCAGAGGGAUGCAGCACUCUUAAAAUUGCAAAGCUUCUGAAGCGUGAUCAUCGAACAAUCAAGCGUUUCAUUCAAAAUAGUCAACAGGGUCGCAAGAAGCGUGUGGAAAAACCAAAGCGCAAAAUAACUGCCCAUGAACUGAGAAAAGUCAAGCGUGCAGCUGCCACGAUGCCACUUGCCACCAGUUUGGCCAUAUUUCAGAGCUGCAACAUCACUGGAGUGCCCAAAAGCACAAGGUGUGCAAUACUCAGAGACAUGGCCAAGGUAAGAAAGGCUGAAAGACGACCACCACUGAACAAGACAAACAAGCUGAAACGUCAAGACUGGGCCAAGAAAUAUCUCAAGACUGAUUUUUCUAAGGUUUUAUGGACUGAUGAAAUGAGAGUGAGUCUUGAUGGGCCAGAUGGAUGGGCCCGUGGCUGGAUUGGUAAAGGGCAGAGAGCUCCAGUCCGACUCAGACGCCAGCAAGGUGGAGGUGGAGUACUGGUUUGGGCUGGUAUCAUCAAAGAUGAGCUUGUGGGGCCUUUUUGGGUUGAUGAUGGAGUCAAGCUCAACUCCCAGUCCUACUGCCAGUUCCUGGAAGACACCUUCUUCCAGCAGUGGUACAGGAAGAAGUCUGCAUCCUUCAAGAAAAACAUGAUUUUCAUGCAGGACAAUGCUCCAUCACACGCGUCCAAGUACUCCACAGCGUGGCUGGCAAGAAAGGGUAUAAAAGAAGAAAAUCUAAUGACAUGGCCUCCUUGUUCACCUGAUCUGAACCCCAUUGAGAACCUGUGGUCCAUCAUCAAAUGUGAGAUUUACAAGGAGGGAAAACAGUACACCUCUCUGAACAGUGUCUGGGAGGCUGUGGUUGCUGCUGCACGCAAUGUUGAUGGUGAACAGAUCAAAACACUGACAGAAUCCAUGGAUGGCAGGCUUUUGAGUGUCCUUGCAAAGAAAGGUGGCUAUAUUGGUCACUGAUUUGUUUUUGUUUUGUUUUUGAAUGUCAGAAAUGUAUAUUUGUGAAUGUUGAGAUGUUAUAUUGGUUUCACUGGUAAUAAUAAAUAAUUGAAAUGGGUAUAUAUUUGUUUUUUGUUAAGUUGCCUAAUAAUUAUGCACAGUAAUAGUCACCUGCACACACAGAUAUCCCCCUAACAUAGCUAAAACGAAAAACAAACUAAAAACUACUUCCAAAAAUAUUCAGCUUUGAUAUUAAUGAGUUUUUUGGGUUCAUUGAGAACAUGGUUUUUGUUCAAUAAUAAAAUUAAUCCUCAAAAAUACAACUUGCCUAAUAAUUCUGCACUCCCUGUAUUAGUGAUUCAAAACAGUAAAACAUAUCACAGCGAUAAUAUUGUCAGUGAAAGUUACUUUUUUUGCAUUUUUCACACACAAACAGAUUUUUUACUGAUGAUAUAAUUGUUGUGAUACGUUUUCCAGUUUUUAAACACUAAUAUUUGUGUUCAGCGAUGUCUCCCGAGUAAAACAGUACCCCCCAUGUACAGGUUUUAUAGCAUUUUUGAAAGUUACAAGGUCAAAUAUAUGGGUCAAAUAUUUUUACAUUGAAAAUGGCCAGGUUGGUUACGUUGCCUUUGAGAGCGUAUGGUAGCCCAGGAAUGAGAAUUACCCCCAUGAUGGCAUACCAUUUGCAAAAGAAGACAACCCAAGGUAUUGCAAAUGGGGUAUGUCCAGUCUUUUUUAGUAACCACUUGGUCACAAACACUGGCCAAAAUUAGCGUUCAAUUUAGUUUUUUUACUUUUUUCACACACAAACAAAUAUGAAUGCUUACUUUGGCCAGUGUUUUCGACUAAGUGGCUACUAAAAAAGACUGGACAUACCCCAUAUUGAAUACCCUGGGUUGUCUACUUUAAAAAAAAUAUGUACAUGUGGGGUGUUAUUCAGAGAUUUAUGACAGAUAAUAGUGUUACAAUGUCACUAUUGAUAAAUUUUAAAAAUGUAUGUUUUGAAACCGCAAUAUCCUACUUGUACCUAUAGCCCUAUAACAUGCAAAAAAAAGCAAAAAAGCACGUAAACACUAGGUAUUUUUAAACUCAGGACAAAAUUUUGAAUCUAUUUAGCAGUUUUUUUCAUUCGCUUUUGUAGAUGAGUAAAAGAUUUUUCAAGUAAAAGUCAAAAAACAUGUAUUUUUUUCAAUUUUUCAUCAGAUUUUUGUAUUUUUUUAAAAUUAAAAUACAUGAGAUUAUAUAAAUAAUGGUAUGUAAAGAAAGCCCCUUUUGUCCUGAAAAAAACAAUAUAUAAUUUGUAUGGGAACAGUAAAUGAGAGAGCGGAAAAUUACAGCCAAACACAAACACCACAAAAGUGUAAAAAUAUGUCUGGUCGCAAAUGUACAACAUCGCAAAAACAGUCCAGUCCUUAAGGGGUUAAUGUAACUGUGAAGCACUUUGGGCAACAACGUUGCAAUUAAAUGUGCUAUAUAAAAAAAUGAUAACAGUUACUCCGCCCACUCCAGUUGUAGACUACUGGUGGAGGCAAGAACACUUCACACAAUUUCCCCAGAAAUUGUAGCUUUUCUAGUUUAAAAUCUAAACUCCAUAAAAUAUUAUCUUUACCGUCUGCUAGCCAAAUAUCUAGUGUUAUAUUUUGGUUUUACCAGCAUAAAUUCCAAUGCGAAUGGCAUAUAGAUAAAUACUGUACAUCUAUUACAGAUGGUCCGUGUACUUUAUGAGAAUGUGAUCCUGUUGCCUAAUCCAGGAAAACCCUUUAGGUUAACACAGUAUUUAAUCUAUUUGUGAACUGGCGGCUUGGCGUAUUGUAUAGACUUAAGAACGUCAUGUUAUUCACACAUUUUGUGCAUGGCAGGUUGACUUUAAUGAAACUGAAUUUUGUAGGAACCAGGCCUCAGACAGUAGCUCAGCCAUUGAAUUGGACAGGAUCCAAUUUCCUGAGACACAAUGCCAAGUCCAACAUAAAAAGUGCUUAAAAAAAUAGACAUUAACUACUUGAGGUUCACCUUUGUAGCUAAAUGAAAACACUCCCGAGAUGUGAAAAUCAGAGCAUGAGGUCUAAUUAAUGAAGUUUAACAUUAUCCCAAUACAUUUCAAAAAAUCUUGUUUUUCCAAAGAUUAAUCUUUUUUUCUAUUUAUUUAUAAAUCAACCCUAUUCGUGCAAACACGUAUUUAUUCACUCUACUAUGCAAACUAAUAAAUUCAAAAGUGGUUUAAUCACAAAACCAUGAAUUUGUGCAGAGAUAUAAAAGGAUUGACACAUUUUAGCCUAGAUUACAUAGCUUGCUAGCAAAUACAGCUGUUUUUCACGAGAAAUGUUCAGGUCCUUUUAUCAGCUAUCCAUAAUUGCCAUUUUAGUCAAUAAAUAUUGAUGGAUAAAGAUGCCUUUAGUAGCUACUGUGUUUAUUACAUAUGUGUAAUCAUUUCUGCAAUAUAGAUGUUUUGUUUUAUUUGUUUACAUUUUUUUUUUUCUAUUUUAAACAAGCCAUUCUAAUUAUGGAUUUAUUUUUCCGUAGUUAUCUGCCUUGGUUUGAAGUUUACUACAAGCUGUUGAAUACAUUGGCUGACUACUUGGUAAAAGAGCAGGUAAUGAUGUUCCUCUGUUCUCUGUAAUAGCUGUAGGAAAAAAAAAAUUCUGUUAUUUUCUAAUUAAUUGGGCACUUUAUGUAUGUGAGUGGGCAUCAGAAUACACCAGACAGAGCAUUACGUUAAAAACUCGCUCUGAUUUCUUUUUUACUUUAUAGCAGAACUAUGUGGUCACAAAAAGUUGAUGUUACAGUAUAUAAUGAGACGAUUAUUUCAGUACUAAUGAAUAUCGAGGCAAGUUUUGAAGAUACACCACUAAUAUGGCGUCUAUUGAAUGUGGCAGGGCAAAAAUACAUUUUUAAUUAGUUCAUUACCCCGGCAUACUAUUAAUACCCCAAAACAUAAUUUUCACUUGUUGUCUUUGUAAGGAUCUAUACAUAAAUUCAGUUGUUGAAGAGUAUCUAACAGUCGAAAUGAAUGCAUUGUAGCUAAUGCCUCUCCUGGCCAUACGUGGAACUGCAGGUUAAAAUGUGUUGCCCUGAAAAUUCAACAAGUUUAGCCCAUUUAAUAUUUGUUCUCCAGACCCCAUUGCCACCUUGCUUAUCUUGAAAAGUAAUAAAAUACAAAGGUAGAUUUUGAAAGUAUACUAUUGUACUUUUGAAAUCUAGUUUUAAUUUGAGAUUUAAAAUUAGAUAUUGAUGGGACAGUGUACCAUGUCUUAUUUUUAAAUUUUUCAGGAAAAUGACUUGAAUGAUAUGUUAAAAUCACUGUACAACCACCCGGUUCCCGAUGCUCACACUCCUGUCAGUCUGAGCCUUGUAAGUAUGAUUUUACAAAAAAAUAAAAUAAACUAUCUUUCAGCUAGUCAGUUAAAGGUCAUAGUCUAGUCACCCUUGCAUUGAGGUCACAAAAUAGUAUGUUUUAAGAGCUUUCCCUCCACUAAGAGAGGUCUAUAUUCAAGAUAGAGUGUAUUUAAAACGUGUUGAUAAUAAAUUGGGGAUAAGAUCUCUACAAGUGGAGACAUCACUAUAGAAACAAACAGAACAUUUCUAAUGCUUCCAUUGGUAACCAUAGUGAUUACUUCACUUUUAGAACUUUGCUCCACUUUUCUCUCAGCAAGAGUUUUCUAAAUCUCUCCCACUGUGAACAUUUUACACAUCUCCUCACAUGUUCCCAAUUACUGUAUGUGGUUUCACUGAGAAUCCCUGUACGCCAUUGCAUGACCACUUACUCAUCACAAUGUGUACCAGUUUUGUUUUUUUUUUAGUUUUUUUAUAACUCUCGCACUUAAUGUGCAUGUUUUUCCACAUAUAUAAAUAUAUAUAUAUAUAUAUAUAUAUAUAUAUAUAUAAAAAUAUAUAGCUUUUAGUUUUUUUUGUUUGUUUGUUUGUUUGUAAAUUCUGCAUAAUACAUUGCAACUCUGCUUCCUCUUUUCUGUUCCGGUAGUAUAGUCAGAUGAUUAACUUGUAACUGACAAAGCCAGACCUAUACAUAUAUCUGGCCAUUGGCAUACUGUCACGGUGGUUGAUGCAGAUUCACUCAAUUGGCAUCCUCCCCAUGACAUGAAACCUGUUACAAUUCUACAUAUCAUUACAUGAACAAAUUCUUUAUCACUGUAAACCCAUAAAAUAUAUUCUUAUUUCUGUGACCGCUCUAUGUCUUCUUUUAAAUGACAGUGCAUGAAAAUGUAUUUUGUGAAAUGUAAAGUCUUUGGAAACUUGUUUAAUGCAAGUUCUCACCUAAAAUUAAAAUAAAACGCCAUAGAAUGUCUUACACUGGCAUUGCUGUAGCUCAGAGAGAGAGAGGUGGGUCUGUUUCCAACCUUUUUGUGGUUUCCUGUGUGACUGCACAUGUCAGAAACCCCAAAUUAGAAUCACCAACAUUAAGUUACAUACUAAGAUUUUUCUGUUUCUUGGGAUCUUCUACACCUGUACUGCAUAUUUGCACUAUGAAUGCAUCUGGCGAAGUUUUAGUGAAUUUUGUGGGUCUCAAUUUUUGUUAGAAGCUUUUUAUAGUAAGAGGUCUCCUUUAAGAAUCAAAGAGGAGAGUUCUUGUCAUAACUGCUUAAGAUAUUUAGCUUUUUAAAAUCUUUUAGAUCCUUUUGUCAGGACUGCAAGCAUAGAACAAUCAAAUAAAAUAACAUCCCAUAGAUCUGAGAUAACUAUCAGGUAACUUGACAUCAGUGAUGGAAUUUAGAGUUCUAUAAUGCUCUGCUAUUAUCCUAAAAGAAAAAUGUUGUGUCUGUGUUGGGUUGAAAUGGUAGCAGUAGGUACAUGGAAAAAUCAAUUUGUUCCCACUAAUCAGUACAAUAUUCAGUUAAUCUAAACCAGCAACCCUACCUGUCCUAUUCAGACAAUCUGAUAUACAAAAUAAAUAGGGGGCUCUAUUGACACCCAAGUUUCUGUUUCUUAUUUGCAAGAACGAGCAGCUGUUUAUAUCAAGUGAACACAUGUUAAAAAUUGAACCCUCUCCUCUGUUGGUAAGUUGCAGGGUCUGGUGAGUUCCUAAUCCUAAGGACAAAUCUUCAAUUUCUAAACAUGAAUUCCUAAUGAAAUCACUAUCUCGUCUCAGCGUAAUUUAACUUUUUUGAUUUUCUCACAAACAAACCCUAAUUUUCUGUCUGACGAUGAUUUCCAAUGAAAGAUUCUCUUUUCCGGCUGCAAUUUUACAUUCUAAUUUUGGAUCUUCUAACAUUUUAGUUAUUUUGCAUGCCUUGGUGUCUUAACAAGUCAGGAAUAUUUUUUAAUGUUUACAUUGAGAUAUGUCAACUAGUUUUCUCUGAUUAAAAGGAUAUUAUUUACUGUGUAAUCUUAUAUUUAAUUAACCAUUAGCAUUUUAUUUCAUUUUGUAGUAGAUCCCUUUUUUCUCAUGUGCUUCCUUUUAUGGAGAAGGCAAAGUUGACAUAUCAGAUAUUGACUGUUUGACAUAGGAUCUUCAAAGUAACCCUCUCCACCAAAAAUGCUCUGUAUCGUAUUUGGCUUAUAGAAGGGUAACUUGGAUCAGAGUGAGUUGAGCCAGUCAUAAUGGUUGAUUGUUUCACUGUCUGAAACAGUUGACCUCAUAUGAGAGAUAUCUUUUAAACCCUAGAAAUCAAUCCUGUAAUAACUGCCUUAAAACAAAGUAACAAUACCCUCACUGCUUAAUAUUCAUAAACCAUAUACAUCAUUGUAUUUAACCAAUCGGAAUGGCUGGUAGUCUUUUAUUGACAUGUGCACAAGGUUACAGUGUUGUUAUUUUAGAAGAGCCGUUUUGGGGUAAAUUGCCAAACACCAAUCAGUCACCAUGGAAAUCACCAUAUUUUAUAAGAAUGUGAAAGAUUGCUUUUUAAAAUAAACUCAUUGAGGGAUAUUUAUCAAAUGGGUUUCUGAAAAGUAGAGAAAAAUGUAAAAGGGUAGGUGUCAGCAAUGCAAUGUGCCUGCUGGUUUUAUUGGUUUCCAUAGUGAUUGCCCUACUUUUAGUACUUAAGACCACUUUUUAGAACAGAAGACUUUGCGAAAUCGCCCCCAAUGUUUUGGACUUCUUCUCAGAAUCCAUUAAUAUCAAAUCGGGGAAUAAAAAAGAUGCCUAAUUUUCUUUAGACCUAUAAUGGUCAGGUCAUCAUAACUAUCAGGUCCUUUCAGCGCUUACCCACGACAGGAUGUUCUGGUUGUUUGGCAACAGAAUGUACCUAUAGAACUGAUAAUGCUAAUCAAUGUUGGUGAAAGAUUUACGGACCACAUUAUUAUAUUGGGGUAAGAUUUCAUUGAUCUUUAAAGGGCUACUGUAGGCACUAUAACCCUUUCAUCUCAUUGAAUUGGUCCCCUGGUGCUGUUCCUUCAUUCAAAGUUAAUUCAUUUUCAAACAAUUAAACACGAAGAUCCAUUGCCUCCCAUAGUGGAGGUAUAACUAAGGCAGAGAGUACACAUUUACUUCUAGCAGCUUACUCUUUCAGCCAAUCACUGCCACUGAUUUCUGCUCAAGCUAAUGCUUCCUCAUUAGCCCAAGCAGCACAGAGGGGAUGGCUUGCUGAGGACUCUCAAUUUCCAUUAAAAUCUUAAAAACACUUUAACUCUGAAUAGAAGGACAACAUCCGGGGACUCCAGACAGCAUACUCCCUAAAAUGAGAUGAAUCAGUUACAGUGCCUUUAGUGUCCCUUUAAGAGAUUGCUAUGUUGAUUACUGCUUUUAAUAUGAGUGCACAAGAGGCUAACACCACUUUUGUUCCUUACUACCUUUGACAUCAUAUGCAUGUUUUAUAAUGCUCAAAAAAAUUUUUUUUCUAACCCUGAUAAUAAUUAAUGUGUAAUUAAUAUUUAUGUGGCACAAAAUAUGUGUGUGUGUGUAUGUAUGUAUGUAUGUGUGUAUGUGUGUGUAUAUAUAUAUAUAUAUAUAUAUAUAUAUAUAUAUAUAUUAUGAAAGUAUUAAAAGUUAAAGUGUUACUCCAAGCUUGAUGACCACUGCAGUGAUUCAUAGUGGUCAUAGUGCCUGGAGUCUGUAUAUGCAGCAUUUUGCUAUGAAACAGUGCACAUACGGAGUGUAACCCCUUUGCUGCUGGAAGUAUAACUCUGCUCCUGGCAGCAUCAUUGGGGCAUCAUUAGCCAGGCCAGAACAGGUGUUAUGGGCUGGCUAAUGUCAAUUCUGUGCAUAUCUCUAUACAUUGAACUGCAUUCAUUGGCUCUCAGAGUGGAUGGAUUGUGGGAUUGACUUCUGGCUUCUGAAGAUCUGGAGGUAAGAGGGCAAACUAUCUAAAAUGGUUUGCCCCCUUAUUGGUAAACGGGCCAGUGUAGUCCUAGUAUCAAAACCACUACAGUGAGCUUGGAGUAACCCUUUUAAAACAGUUGUGGGGUGAAGUUCUAAAAGGAAGCAGUUGUCAUGGAAACUACGGUAAAUGGUAUUUUUCUGCUUACCGUUUCACUUCUAUAACCCCACAUUUUGCUGUUUAUGGAUCUCUAACCCCUAAUUUGCCUGAUGAACAAUAACUUAUGCAUGCUAAAACACAUUACACAGACUGGGUCAUUCUAUCUUUCAUUAUAUCUCCCACCACUUUUCUUCGGGUUGUAGUAACUCUGAGAGAAGAACUAUUCGUCACUCAACGGGUUAAAACAAGAGUAUUGCCUGUUUUCUCUGUCAUUUGUUAUUGCAAUAAUUGUGCAUACACAUACCACAAUACUCAUUAAUCGUGUUAUUUUUCCCUCUCCUCGCACCAAGCCCUCAAUUAAGAUCUGUAUUAAGUCCUAAUUAACCUUUGUUGCAUUUUUCCACCCCUUCCUCUGCCUAGCACUCCUAUUUCAUUACUCCUGACGUAACCGGACUGCCGACAAUCCCUGAAAGUGUAUGUAUCUAAUUGGGUUUUAACCACUUGUCUGUUUUUCCCGAACAAGCCUGUUUACUUGUUAACUUAAUCACUUUGUGCGUUCUGUUUUGUAUUAAAGCGAGAAUCCUGCAUGUGUUAGAUAGACGCAAUAACAAAAUCUCAGUCACUGACCUAUAAAAUUAUUUUAAGUUUUUAUUCAGGCUUAACUACCAUAAGUCUGCUCCAUAAAGACUACUUUCAUAUUGGUUUUUCCUGUGAUAACACUUGUGAUUGAUGUGCCUUAGAUAUUCUAUACAAUUAGAUUCUCCUAUAGGUUUAUGGUCCCCAGGACUCCAAGUUAAUAUGCAUUUAUCCAGUAGCACACCUGUUAUAUUAUUAGCCCUAACAUCACCUCCUAUGGGGUGAGAGAAUAUGGGUCUCAUGGUUGGCAGGGUGUCUGGGCUAUGUCCCUCUUUCCUUCUUUAAUUAACCAUUUACCUGCUGAUAUCUCAAGCCAGUUUAGGGAAUUUCUGCUAUUUUGCCUGCAAAAAGCAGGCAAGUGGCAAUUUACGGAUGCACGUCUGAACAUACUAGUUGAGCGACAAUUCUAUUUCAAUUGGUGCUUGAUAAUUAUCCAUAUACCUAACCUUUUGACUGCUAUUUUUUUAUAUCUCUGGAUUGCUUCAAGCACAUUCAGUACAUUGGCACAUUCAGCACAUUUCUGCAAACUGGCCUCCUAAUUGCUUUUAGUGAGUAGCUGAAUUUCAAUUUCAGGUCAAAUUUGGGAAAAUAUUCACAAAAUUUAGCUUUUUGGAAACCUAUUGAGAACUAUUGAAUAACAUCACUUAUUGCUUUUUCUAUUGUAUGGGUUGAGGCUGGAACGUUCACCCUUGCUUAUUUUAUACUUACUUAGACAAUAAUAAUCAGAUUGAUAUAAUAUUACAUGAAAGAACCUAAUUAGUUAUAUUUAGCUUCCGACUAAUUAUGGCUGCCAAUGAUUGGCUUUGGCAAUAAGCAAUAUAUGGCUAGGUAUAGCACCUGCAUCAUCACUAGAUUUACUUCAAAUAUCGGCCAGACCCAAAUAUAUAAUUUGUUCAGUGAUCCGGGGCCCGUUCAUUCUGGUAACCUCAACCAUAUUGAUGCAGUUUUUGUUUUUUCUUCCCAUUUUUCAAUUCCAUUUCUGAACACGAGAAAGAGGAGUUAUGUUAACGGAUUUACAGUGAACAGACUUUGUGAAUUCCUUGCAUGUGAUCUAAAAGGUUAUAUUGGAGAAUUAUGGAAAGGGAUGUUGUCACCUGUCUAAUGUUUUAAAAUAAAACAAUUAAAAUUGUUACUAUUUGUAAGCUCACUCACACCCUGUAGUUACUAAAUGUGUAUAUAGUGAGUGUGUUAUAGUUACAAACGCAGGACUUCUUCACUACCGUCAGUGUGAUGUCACGUGACUUACGCAGUCCUGUUGCCCCAUUACAUGUAUUACAGAAUAUAGUAUAGAAGACGCAUGGUGUGUAUGUUCAUGACAUCUAUGGCAUGUUGCUACAGGAGGCAAGAAAGGAGAAUUAAAAAUACAAGAUAUUCUUUUGAGUUCUUCUCCAUAUAUUUGGAUUCACAGAAAAUAUAGAGCGAUGUUAGUGUAUUCUAAUUGAUGGGAGCAUCCUGAGUGCUGUGGAUGUACCUGUUCAUCUCUUCUGCCUUAACAUCUAGAAGUGACAAAUGAACAUAUAAAGGAACUCUUGAGUGUGUCCUACGGCCUAGAGUGACCUCAUUAUUAUUGUACUUUGAAUUAGUUAAUAUGGUUAGUUGUAGAAAAAAAAGAACUCAUUACACACAGAUAAUCUUUGCUAUCAUUGAGAGUUUUGUAAGGAACCCUUAAAAAGAGGUUUUAAAUAACCUGAUUAAAAUGCCCAUUAUCCUAUGCGGCGAAGCAUUCUAUCCAAUAAAUGCACAUAGCAAAACACUCCAUGAUCCUGCAUAGGACAGAACUCACAACUGAUAAUAUUUUGAAAAAAUGUGAUAUACUGUAACCAAAGUUGUCAGGUUUGGGUGACAUAUAUAGACGCAAGGUGCUUCUUGAGUCUGUAUAACUGUGGUGUAAGCAUGUUGACUCAGUCAGUGCUUGUCACUAUAUGGUUUCAAAAGCAUGGCUGUGAAUUCUAUACUAUUUUCCAUAAUGCCUCAUCAACAUAUAGCCAUUAGAAAACAUCUUUCUGACUUAAGAAAAAUAAAUGAGAACUGUGUUAAGUAUAGUGAAUACAUAUAUUAAAGAUGAUAUUUUAUAGAAACAUAUCAAUCAUAUUACUUUGUUUAAAUGUAGUUUAGAAUUUCCAGGGAUUUUAAUAAAAUGGGACGAAUAAAGGAGACAGAGUUUACAUUUGGGGUCAAAGUGACUAGAAAUUACUGUUAAAAUCAAAGUUUUAUAUGAGGAUGAAGGAUCUCUUAUACUUGAGCUGCAUUUUUAAAGUACAUGCAAGAUUCCAGUUUAAGUUGCAGAAUGUGGACAUUUUGGUGUUAAAAUAAAUGGUAGGAUUUCUACACAUGAAUGUAUUUUAAUUGAUUAUGAUUUUUUUUCUGCACAGAGGAACCUGACUGAAUAUUUUGUAGCAGUGGAUGUAAAUAACAUGCUUCAGAUUUAUGCUAGUAUGCUCCAUGAACGCAGAAUCAUCUUCACAUCCAGGAAAUUAAGCACGGUGAGAACUUUAAUAUAUUCAAUAUAUAUAUAG